UUCCAGUAUUUACAUGAUAAGCUCAUAAUGCACCGAGAUCUGAAAACGCAAAACAUCUUCCUGACAAGAUCAAAUAUAAUUAAAGUGGGAGAUCUGGGGAUAGCACGAGUCCUGGAGAGUCAGUAUGAAAUGGCGAGCACCUUGAUUGGAACGCCUUACUACAUGAGUCCGGAGCUGUUCUCGAAUAAACCUUACAACUAUAAGGUAAUGGAGGUUCUUGAUGUUUGUAAUAUUUUAGAGUUUCGUCUUCCAUAAAUGUUUCUAGUGUAUUACAUUUAAGAUAGACCCUUGAAAUUAUUUGAUGAUCUGCACUUUCCAAUCCAGAUCUGUUGGUUGAUGAAUCUGCACACUUGCACACAGUGCCGAGUUAUCUGUUUGAGAUAUACGGUUUUUCUGUUUCAUUUGUAGCAGAGUCAUGUACUAAAUACCAGUAUGUUGAAUUACAGCCUAAUUCGUUUUUGUCUCUACAGUCUGAUGUCUGGGCGCUGGGCUGCUGUGUUUAUGAAAUGGCUACUCUGAAACAUGCUUUUAAUGCCAAGGACAUGAACUCUUUGGUUUAUCGAAUUAUUGAAGGGAAGGUAAGCAUCUUAAUAUAUAUUAUAAAUACUAAAAUGUCAGUAGGAAACCUAUGAGGCAUCUGAUAAGGUUUACAAAACUUGAUUUGUAAUAGUUUUCUAUAUAAUUCAAUACUAUUGGAAACAUUUUCCAAAUUAAUUAUAACGACAGUGUUAAAUGGUAUACUUAGCUACUCUGAUUUUGGUAGUGUGUUGGGAACAUUGUUUUAAUAAGAUUUCUACCAAAACUUUAUUUUUUUUAUUUUUAUUACAUAUAAUAAGGUGUCCCCACCUCUCAAUCAGUUUUUCUGAAUUGAGUGGCAUUGGCCUUUCUUCCACCAAUUGAAUGACAAGGGACUACAGGAGAACCCUUUUACAGGCAGAUAUCCACUAUUAAGAGCAUAUUGUGCUUGCUUGGAGAAUAUGAGAGCCGGGUGACUAUAGUCACUCCCUUUUUAGCCUAAAGUAAGUUAACAUCUGGUUGAAAAUUAAACAAUUUUUUUUUUUUUCAUGCAGGCUGUGUGCAUCACAGCCAGGGGAAGUGUGGUUAGAACUGCAUAAACAGAAACAAAGGUGAUUUUUAACUCCUAAAUGGCAGAGAAUUGAGAAGUGAGACUGCAGGGGCAUGAUCUAUACACAAACAAACUACUUAAUUACGCUAAAGUUGUUUUGGAGUCUAUAAUGUCCCUUUAAGUUCUGCUCAAGGGACAUUCUAAGCAACAUAUCCACUAUAGCUUAGGCUAGUGGUUAUGCUGCUUAUAGUCUUUGAUCAUCACCUUUCAUGUUUGUUUUUUUUAAAGCCAUUAGGAGUUGUUUGAUCGAAACCACUUCUGCACCUGGCACUUAGAGCCCCCAUCCCAUUUGCCACAUCGAUAUCCUUUGUAUACAAUAUGUAAGUGUUAAGUGAAAAACAGGCGCUAAUAAUACAAUGUCUAAAAACAAUAAAUAUCAGGAAGUAGAUUUAAAAAAAAAAAAGAAAAAGCUGCACCAAAUAAGUGUAAAGCUCAAAACAACACACAGAAAUAUAGUAUUUGAAAAGGUGCGCUAUAAUAAGCGCAACUUAUUUUCAAAUAAAACACUUACAUAUUAUUAAUGUCAAUUUCUUGGAUAGUGGUAAUAGGCUAAGGUUUGGUGAUCUGAGCACUCUUAGCCCGCUACCUAUGUUGCAGACCCCUUAUAAAAGGUUUGACAAAACACACAGACUAUUCGCAACAUAAACACUACAAUGGGCUAUUUGGUUGUGUUGCUUAAUGUUCUUUCUUACUGUGAUCUGUUAAAUGAUUCUAUUAUUAGAGUUAGCCAUAUCUCUUUUCAAUUAAUAACCAUGUUCCCAUAGUUGUCAGUGAGGGAACUGUUAAUCGGCAUUAAGAUUAUCUGUUGUAUUAGAAUAUAGCCAAAAAUGAGACUGAUACCCCAUGUAACCUUCCCUAACAUGCCUUGCUUCUAUUGUACUAGCUGCCGCCAAUGCCAAAAGAAUACAGCUGUGAUCUGGGUGAUUUAAUUGGGACAAUGUUAAGCCAAAAGCCUGAGAAACGGCCGUCGGUGAGGCAAAUAUUAAAGAAACCAUUUAUCAGGCAAAAUAUAGCAAUAUUUUUGCAGACAACAAAGCUGUGAGUAUUUCAAAACGUGCAAUCUCUAUACUGCAAAUAUGUUUGGGUAUAUAUUCCUAAAAAAAUGUUUAUUAUAAUGCACAUUCUUUAAUCGUCAAUUAUUUUCUACUUUUUAUUUAGCAGACAUUGCCUGUACAUAUAUUCUACUAAACCAACAAUAUGGUAAACAUGCUUAAAAAAAAUACAUUUUUUAUUUUAUAAAAUUAAAACAGAUGAAUACAUGAGUGAUCAAGACUUCCAACCUGUAGGUGAGACAACAUUUACACUUUGGAAACAUUUUAAAAUAGAGCAAGGAUAUAAGGCACACGUUUUGUGGUAUUUACACUCCAAUUAAGUAUUAGCGGUGAUUCUACAACUAUUUGUUAGGUUUAGUGUAUUAAAUGUUAUCUGUAGUUUAAGGAUUCCUUACAUCGUUGCAAUAUAUAUUAAAGGAACACUAUAGUCACCUAAUUUACUUUAGCUAAAUAAAGCAGUUUUAGUGAAUAGAUAAUCCCCCUGCAAUUUCACUGCUCAGUUCACUGUCAUUUAGGAGUUAAAUCACUUUGUUUCUGUUUAUGCAGCCCUAGCCACACCUCCCCUGGCUAUGAUUGACAGAGCCUGCAUGAAAAAAAAACUGGUUUCACUUUCAAACAGAUGUAAUUUACCUUAAAUAAUUGUAUCUCAAUCUCUAAAUUGAACUUUAAUCACAUACAGGAGGCUCUUGCAGGGUCUAGCAAGCUAUUAACAGGGGAUAAGAAAAUCUUAAUUAAACAGAACUUGCAAUACAGAAAGCCUAAAAAGGGCUCUCUUUACAGGAAGUGUUUAUGGAAGGCUGUGCAAGUCACAUGCAGUGAGGUGUGACUAGAGUUCAUAAACAAGGGGAUUUAACUCCUAAAUGGCAGAGGAUUGAGCAGUGAGGCUGCAGGGGCAUGUUCUAUACACCAAAACUGCUUCAUUAAGCUAAAGUUGUUCAGGUGACUAUAGUGUCCCUUUAAACUGAAAUCACAUUGGCAUAAGUAUUCUGACCAUUAUAGAGAUACUCCAACCCUUUUAUACAUAUUUUUUUUUUUUUUUAUAUAUAUAAUAUUUUAAAAAGAUACCGGCACUCCAGGAAUUCGUAAGUAAAUCAUCUUUAUUCAAGUAUAUCCAAGUGUGUUCGAAGUUUCAGCCCCUAAACGGAGCUUUCAUCAGGACAUAUGAGCUCAUAUACACUGCUCAAAAAAAUAACACUCAAAGACGUUCACAAAGUUGUCCCUAAGCCACUUGUUGUCUUCACUGUAUGCUUAAAGUGAUGCUAUAGGCACCCAGACCACUUUGUCUCAUUGAAGUGAUCUGGGUGCAGUGUCCUUCUCCCACUUAGUCCUGCAAUGUAAAUCAUUGCAGUUUUUGAGAUAGGCAGUCUUAAUCCUGCAAGGUAUUUAUUACACUAUCAGGUAGCCACUAGAGGCACUACCGGAAUUCUAAGGGACUCUGAAUCUCUUAAAUGAUGCCGAACUUCCUCACGCUCUGCGUAAUCUAAUCCAAAUAGGAAAGCAUUGACCAAAGUGCACUAAAGUAUUAGGAACACAGAUUUAUUUAUUUAUUGUUUCCAAAUAUUGAGUGCAAAUGCAACAUUAUACAUGAUUUACACUGUGUUUAAUGAAUACUGCAAAUUGAGGUGUCAUUAUUAUGCUUUAUUUGAACUUAACUUGCGACACAUUAUACUUUGUUGCUAUAUUGCAUGGUUAAGUAUUGCUGUUGCACAACUUAUUUUUUUAUUUUUUAUUUUUUUAUUCCACAUAUUAAAGUGCAAAGAUACAAAACAUAGUUUUCAUACAUGCAAGUACAGGGUCUCUCUUGUUAUUGACACUAAGUAGUGGUCCCAGAACAGAAAACCUACCAAUAAUGGCAACUCUAUACUGUAUCUUUAAGCCAGUGUUAUACUCAAGAACAAGAAUUUUAAUCUAGACCAAUUUCUUUUAGUUUGAACAUUAACCUAUUGUGUAGAACUGUAUUUAACACCUUGGCAAAAUCCAAGUAGAUCACAUCCACUGCAACACCAUGAUCUAUACUUUUACUUGCGUCUUUGAAGAAUGCAAUUUACUUAGUUUGACAUGGCCUAUGUUUCAUAAAACUAUGCAGAGUUUUGCCAAUAAUGUUCUUCCAAAUGAUUUUCUGAAAAUAAUCCCUUAAUAUCCCUUCAAAUACUUUCCCAGCCACAGAGGUUAAGCUCACAGGUUUAUAAUUUCCAGACAAAGAUUUUGAACCCUAUUUCAAUCUAAGAACCACAUCCAACUUUAUCAAAUUCUCCGGUACAAUUCCUGGAAAAAAAGAAUCCGGAAGGAUUAAAAAGAAAGGUUUAGUUAUUUCCACACUUGGCUCCUUAAGUACUCUUGGGCGAAUACCAUCAGUUCCUGGGGCUUUGUUUCCAUUACAUUUCUUUAGUUGCUGCAGCAUUUAUAAAAAAGGAAAAAUAAUUAUUUAAAAUGUCUGUCAUUUACUAACACACCCAUCUCUGAUGUCAGUGUACCUACACUUUCUUUUUUUAAAAUAGGUACAUUACUUUCCUAUUUUCUAAUUUAGCUAAUCUGAUCUAGUUUCUUGCAUGCAUUAUUGGCUUCCUAUACCUUAUGUAUAUAGUAUGCCUCGGAUAUGUCUGAUUUAAAUGUUUUUAAUGGCCUUUUCUUAUUUUUUAUUUCUUGGUUUACUUUCCUACUAAGCCAUAUUGCUUUUAGUUGGUUUUAUAUUUGUUACCCAAUGGUAUAUACUGGGAAGAGUACAUGUCUAAUAUUUGUUUUGAAUAUAUUACAUAUAUCCUCCAUGUUUUAUUUUCAUUAAAGAGACAGUCAUUGAGUUGUAGAGCUGCCCUUAUCUUAAUGAAAUUUGCCUUUUUAAAAUUAUUUGUUUUAGUAUACCAAAUGUGCAUUUGCUUUUUUUUGAGUAUUUAUUUUUAUUUUUUUAUUCAAAAGACAACAUAUUAAAACACCAUUUCCCAAGUGUUCCCAUAUUUGAAAGUUUGACAAAAGAUCCAGAUUGUUUGUCAUAACCAAAUCGACACAAGCAUCCUUUCUAGUUGGUGCUUCUACCAGUUGUGACAUGAAGGUGUCAUUUAACAGGUUCAAAAACCUGAUGCCAUGUGUACUGGAUGCAUUGUGUUUAGACAGGGGAGCUGUGUGUGUUUGUGUUUAAUCAAUCUAAUAUGAAAAACUUCCCUUCUCUUUUAGUGGUCCCCUCCGCUUAAUGUUCCUCUCCCCUUCCUCUUUUUUAGUGUUCUUUCCUCGCUCCUCCCCAGUCCCAUUGUGUCCCCCCCACAUCCCCGCCCCAUAGUGUGUUUUUUUUUUUUUUUUUCUCCCCCCUUCCCUGUCCCUUAGUGUUCUUUUCUCCCCUCCCCGUCCCAUAGUAUUCUCCCCCCUCAUAGAAACAUAGAAUGUGACAGCAAAUAAAAACCAUUCGGCCCAUCUAGUCUGCCCAAUUUUCUAAAUACUUUCAAUAGUCCCUGGCAGGACUAAAAGGUAGGCAGACAAUGUCCCAUAGUGUUCUCCCCUCCUCCUCUGUCCCAAAGUGUUCUGCCCCUCCCUCCCCUGUCACAUAGUGUUCUCCCCCCCUUCCCCUGUCCCAUAGUGUUCUUCUCCUCCCGUCCCAAGUGCAGUAUUCUCGACUUUUCAUGUUAUCAUUACUAUCUUUCAUUGUGAUUUAUAAUCAUCUGAAUUGUUAAUGCAAGCAUGUCUGUUAAAAUAUGAACUACAAAAAAAAUUCUAAAAUAAUAUAUAUAUAAUACACAAGAUCCAGCGCACUCACCAAUCCACUAAACAGCAACUUCAAUGUUGAAAGGUUUUAUUUAUUUAUUUAUUUUUUAAUAUGUUUUUUUUUUUAAAACACCUAAUCUAGGCAAAAAUAAUGGGGGUUUAGCUACAUUAUAUGUUCAUACAUUGCAUAAGCCUGCCACAACGUCAAUGUACCCCAUCUUUGGCAGGUCCUACACUAACAGCUUAAUGUCUGCUCUUAUGAGAUUAACCCACUUACUUGGGGAAAAAAAAUUCCAUCUGGGGCUCUCUGCAGUACAAGGCUAAAUAGGGUAUUAUUUGGCCCCCAACAGCACCCCCAUUUAUGCAUGUUCAGGUGAGUGCAGCCAACCCCCUCUUUUUUUUUUAAUAUAUAUAUAUAUAUAUAUAUAUAAUAUAUAUUACAUUUCGGCAAAUUUGACCUGUUUUCGGGAUAGGCCCAUUUUCGGCCGAAUAUUUUGGGCAGCAAAAUUUCGAUGCAUCUCUAGUGUAUAGUGAAUGCAGUGUUUGUGUAGUGUGUGUGUGUGUGCAGUGUGCGUGAAGUGAAUGCAGUGUGGGUGUGUAUAUACUAAAUGCAAAGUUUGUGUGUUUGUGUAUAGUGAAUGCAGUGUGUUUGUGUACUGUGUUUUAUAUAAUGCAGUGUGUGUGUGUGUGUGUGUGUGUAGUGUCUGUGUAGUAAAUGUAGUAUGUGUAAAGUGAAUGCAGUGUGUUUGUGUAGUGUGUGUGUGUGUGUAUACUAAAUGCAAAGUGUGUGUUUUUGCAGUGUGUAUAGUAAAUGCAGUGUGUGUGUGUGUGUAUAAUGAAUGCAGAGUGUGUGUGUGUUUUGUGUAAUGUGUUUGUAUAGUGAAGGCAGUGUGUUUGUGUAGUGUGUGUGUAUAGCGAAUGCAGUGAGUGUUUGUGUAGUGUGUGUAUAUAAUGCAGUGUGUGUUUGUGUAGUGUGUUUAUAUAAUGCAGUGUUUGUGUAGUGUGUGUGUGUGUGUGUGUUUCUGUAGGUGUGUAAUUUGGGGGAGGGGGCAUUUUUUUUUUUUUUACAAAAUAUUUAAUUAUUAUUUUUUUUUUAAUUUCCUCCUGCUGCUUGCUUGGCUGGCAGGGAUUUUGUGUGGUCUGCAUGGAAAGGCUACAGAGGGGCCAUGGGCGCUGCCCUUCAACUGCAAAUCUUGCGGCCUGCGUGCGCGGUAACGAUGGCAUCGAUAUUGCAGAAAAUACCAGUCUCCGGCCCUUUGAUCUGUAACUCUAGACACAACUGGUAUCCCUAAAUCCUGAACUACUAGUAAGUGCCGAGGACUGUUUGAACCUAUGCCAACUGCUGUUCUUGCUCAUCAAUAUGGUUCCUGUAUAUCCCAACCAAUAAUUGUUUUCCCUUCUUUUGCAGCAAGCCGAUAAGUACCCAUAAAGCUUCCACAUUUUCCCUUUUUUCCUUGUCACAGUUACUUAAUAUUUGGCUUUAACUCAUGGUUUCAUACAAACAUACACCUCCACCUUUCCUGUUCUUUCUAUCCAUUCUAAUUAAUGUGUAACCAAAUACGUUAACUGACCAGUCAUGUUUCUCAUCCACCAUGUUUCCAUUAUGCCUAUCAUGUCUUAUUGCUUAGUGUAUGCUAUUGCCUCUAGCGCCACCUCCUCCAACCCCCCCAUUUUGUUAUUUAGGCUUCUUGCAUUAAUAAGCAUACAUUUGAUAUUGUCAUGAGCUACUUGUACUGUCUAAUUUGUUGUGUUACAUCAAGCAUGUCAAACUCAAAAGCUAACACGGGCCAAAUAAACAAGGUUUAAGUUUAUGUGGGCCGUAAAAAAGUCCCCCCUCCCUGCUUCUUACUUGGCCAGGGAGGGGGGAUUUUGCAUUUCCUGGUUGUUCUGUGGCAUGGAAAGUACAGAGGGGGCCCGCAGCAAGCGCUUACUUCCCUUACCUUCAGCUCCCUGUGUAAUAGCAGUGGAUGAGAUGCCAGUGGGUCUUUUAGACAUGUGCCCACUAGAAUGAGAAAUAGAAUGCUGACCAAUUGGCGAUGUUUGUGAAUAAUCAAAUUUUUGCAUUUUAUAAAAAGUCCUGAGAAACGCAGAAAGAAAACUUCAGAGUCCUCUUCCAAUAAGAGUGAUGGAAGUUCGGAGCUUCAAGCAAGGGCAGGUUCUGACCACAUGCAGAAACCUCAAAAGGUAAAAACCUAGACAUUCCUCUCAAGCUUUGAGAUUUCUACUUUCACCUUCUUCAAUAUCACUUUUCAUUACCUAUGAGAUGGCAAGGAUUAAUGAGAAUAUCAUUUAUUUUAUGCUAUUGCUUCAAAGGAAUAUAAACUCGUGUUUGCCAUAGGAAAACGUAAUUUGCCCUCCGUGUUUUUCUUCAUGUAAGUGUUGUGUAAUUUAUUUUAACCCUUGAAGGGACUCUCCAGUGCCACGAAAACAUAUCCAUUUUACUGGCACUGCAGGACCCUGCAGUGCCCCUCUCCCUUCCACACCCCAUCACAUGUUGCUGAAGGGGUUAAACCCCUUCAGUGACUUACCUGAAUCCAGCGCCGAUGUCCCUCGGCACUGGGUCAGUCUCCGCCCAUGCUCCUCCCCACCGAUGUCAGCUGGCAGGGGAGACCUAACGCGCAUGCGUGGCAAUGGCAACACCCAGCAGCACCUCAUUUAUGCAUGUUAAGGGUGAGUGCAGCCCUCUGGUUAUAUGGAUAUAUAUAUCUAUAUCAACUUGAAAUUAUAGCUUUUAUUCAAUGUUUGCUAAUUAAAAAAAAAAAAAAAAGUGCUAAGUUUCAUUUUUUUGCAUAAUUUGAAGUCCCUCGAGUGCUAUCAUUUCAAGUUGGUAUGUAUCUAUGCAGACCAGCACCGGGCUGACUAUACUAUACAUACUGGAGUGCAAGCGAAUGGAGAUUGUGUGUGUUUGUUUAUUUAUAUAUAAUUAAUAUAUGAUCUAAGUACUUUUAUUUAAUUUAUUAACUUUUAAAAACUUUUGUGCUGGUAUUAGGGGGACUGCCUGAGAGUCCAGGCAGUACCCUUGCAGGCACUGCACAAGCCGGCUAUUCUGGCCAUAUGUCCGCAAGGACCCCGCAAUCACAUGACCCAGACUGCAAUGUCGGGUCGGCGGGUACCGGGUAAGUCCCCAGGAUGGCGGGGAUAUUCUAUGCCGCCUUGUGGCAUUUAGGACCGUCCCUGCCAGGUUGGCAUAGAACGCCUGCUGUCCUUAAGGAGUUAAAUACACAGUUCAAAUGCUCUGAACACCAAAAUAACUUUUGGUUAUAAAUCAUGAUGCAGCAGUCUCUGCAGGAACACCCCAGGGGCAUGAUCUAUACGUAAAAACUGCUUUAUUAAGCUUUUGAUGCUUAGAAUGUCUUUUUAACAUAUUUUAUACAUAAUACAGAUUGAGGAACAGCGCACACAUAAAAAUACAGUUUUACGUUUACAAGACUACUUAAAAUCACCUCUAUUAGCAAACAAGUAUGGGGAUUCAGUUCCACCAUAUGACCAUAUUGUGUUAAGCCUACCACAACUUCACAGUACACCAAUGGGUCCUACACUAACUUCAGCAUGGGAGACAAUAAAUAGUGCUAAUGCCAAAUAAGCAAAAGUGGAUUUCAAUUAUCUGAAUCAUGUUGCUUUAACCCCUGUAUCACAACUCAACUUUGAAGUCUAUGUGUCGUCUUGCUCAAAAAUUUUGUUAAUUUCCUCUGCCAUCCCCUAUAUUAGGCCUCUUAUUGGUCCUUCUCUGUUGUGAUGUAAAGAUACGGUCAUCCCAUAUGCUUUUUAUUUGAAGGCAAUUGUCCAUUUACAAAGUAUCUAUUUUCACAGAACAAAGUAAAGAGUCCUGUGAAAAACAAGCCAGCAAGUCCUGACUCAGUCGCUAAGAAUCGUAUGAGCGAAACAGUAGUGUCCAUUUCAACACUAAGCAAAGUAGAUAUUGAUAUCCUGGAAACUGAAAAGGAAGAUUCUAAUUCAGGACACGUCAUGCUGGCAGAUGAACCCAGAACACACCUGAAUGUGAAAGAGAAAGAUUCCAAAAAACAACUGAACAUAAUGUCCUUGGAUCAGGAAAACCAGGGCAAGACAAAUUCAGCGUCUCGUGCCACAGGAGAUCAAAGAAGACUCAAAACUGUGCCUACUGACAACAUAGACACCUUGAAGCUAUUGCAACCAAUUCAGAAGAAUGAUGCCAUGCUCAACGCAGUGAGUUCUGAUUCACAGCAAGCAUUGUGGGUAUAGGCAGAUGAACCCUCUAGAUAUGUAUAUAUGCUUCUUUCUAGGGACCGAUAUUUCCUGUAAUACCGAUUUACUCAAUCACGUAAAUAAAUAAACUGCAGAUAAUUAAAAUGGUAUGUCAUUUAGACUAUCCUACAGUGAAAGGGUUAGUAAUGUUUACAAAUGCAUUGCUGUAUAGUUUUACAUUGCUUUGCAAUUAUUACAUUUCUAUUAAGGUUCAGGUGAGUAGAAUUCUAGUAGUCUUUAGCCUUUAUUAUUGAGAAAUGUCUCUAACAAUUUUUAGAAAUUUAAAAUUACUUUUUGGAUAAGUCAUGAUAAACUGAGAAAAUGGUUUUACAUAUGAUACAUACAAAAGUUUACAUAUGAUAGAUACAUUGCAUUUUGAAAUAAAAAUGCAUCUCCACCAUUCUUCUUUCAUGUCGGUACCCUCUUAUAUAAGAGCACUGUUUUCAUUAGUGUUAACAUAGCUAAUUGGCUUUUAGCACAUUACAUUUUUUGUUGUUGGGGACCUGUCAUUUACUUUUCACAGAAUUUGUGUUUAAUUUCGGAAGUUUUUACACUUCCUGUCCUUUUAAACUAUAAAUAAAUGAAAGUUUAAAAUGAGUUGCAGAGUGUCCAUCCACAAAUAUACUAGGCAAAAUCUGAUGUUGCAAGUUACUAUUUUAUUUUAACAAUCAGCUUUAUUUAGUGUGUAUGUAUGUAUGUAUGUAUAUAUAUAUAUAUAUAUAUAUAUAUAUAUAUAUAUAUAUAUCCUAUUUCAGUUCUGCUUGGUUAGAUCUAUAACCAGAGUUAUGUUUUUAAUGUGUCCUGCAAUUCUUUUUUUUUUUUUUUUUUUCAUUUUUGCAGGAAGACCUGGAAGAUACAGAUAAACUACUUGAGCCAUUUAUUCCAGUAAUUGAACCAGUAAGUUUAAACCCUCUUCGACUGUAUAGGUCAUUAAUGCCUGUAUUAAAGACAGUAACUGAUAUGCUUUUAAACAUUGGACAUCUGAAAAACCUUCUUAUACAAUAUCUGUACGUACAAAAUGGCAACAAUGCCAGAUUACAAAAUGACCUUAUCUGUUUAACUUAUGUCUAAAUGGGAUAUGAAUGUUAAAAAAACACUCCAAGCACCAUAAUCAUGACCAUGCAACGCCAGCGUUACAGCCCUGGCACCUCUCAUUGUAAGUAGUUAUACGGUUUAUAGCAGUUUUUUUUUUUGUUUGUUUUUUUUUUUUUAAUUUUAACCCCUUCACGCCGUUAGAGUAUUUUGCCAUCCUGAAAAAAGUAAGCUUUAAUGAUGUUAGGGAAGUAUAGCACAACCUAACGCUUGUCAGCCCCCAUGACCCGCAAACUUACCUUGCCCGGCGAUCUCGAUGGGGAGGGGGGAAUUUGGGGGGGAUGGUGGGGGGAAUAAUUAACCUUCAAUAUACAUAUACAAACUAAGAAUUACAUAUAUUUUGUGUGUAUGGGUAACUCCUCCCUAUCUCUAAUUAGACAAGAACCAAUUAAAAGAACAGUAUAAAUAACCCCUUCUACCCCCUCUCCCUUUAGUCUUGUUACUAGCAAUAUUCCAGGGUGGGAUCUGGCCUAUGACCAGAAAAAGAAAAUUACGGUACAUAUGAAUACAUUUUACUUGUUCCUGACCAUAUCCAUGGCAGCACAACAAUGGGUAAUACCCAAGCAAUAACCAAGGAGGGAAAAGAAAAACUCAAACUCCAAAUUAUGCGAUGCAAGUGUAUUAGCACAAACAAAAACAUGAAAAUCACACCAAGGAAUCAAAAACGUAUUUGUUGGAUCUUGAAAGACCACUUUUACCAAAUUGAUCAAAUUGUCCAGCCUUCACAUCUAAUUAAUAAUGUCUAAUGAAGGUAUUGAGCAAUGGCCAACACAAUCCAUCUACUGUUGGCUUCUUUUGAGACUUAAAGGCCUCUGCUAGUACCAUUAGGGAUGACAAACAGACUUUGUGAAGUACGCCAAGUAGAUGAUCUAUUGUGAUACAUUUUUACACAUCUAACCAAGUCAAUAGAAAAAAGGUCAAUUUCUUCGAUACUAGCUUGAGCCACAGCUGCAAUGAUGGUAGCACUAUUUCCUCAUUUAUGUUAAAAGCAGAAGCCACUUUAGGGCGGAAUUCAGGAAUUAUUCUGAGAAUCGUUUUAUCCUUGUGGAAGGCAGUGAGAGGUUCCUUAGAAGAAAGAGUGUGAAGUUCCGAGACCCUUCUGCCAGAACCUAAAACCUCCAGUAACACGUUUUGAUGGUUAGCAAGUGAGGGGAAAUAGAGUCCAAAUAUUCAAUGGGAUGUGGCUUUAUAGCUUUCAACAUCAGAGGUAAAUCUCAUGGAGGGUCAAAAGGCUUAAUUGGUGGAUUGAUCUUUAAAACUGCAUUGGUAAAUCUUGCUACAUCCAUGUCAAAGGCCCAUUUAUGGUUGGUAAGUGCAGAGAGUGCUGAGACAUGGACUUUUAAGGUAUUAUAACUCAGUCCUUGAUCGAGGCCAGAUUGCAGGAACUCCAGAAUAUCUUUAGUCAAAGGAUUUUGUAUUUCUGUGUGUCUGGAAUUUGCCCAGGAAGAAAAAGCAUCCUAUACCCUGUAAUAUGUUACCUGUGCUCUCAUCUUAAUCCCUAUGUACAGGGAGUGCAGAAUUAUUAGGCAAAUGAGUAUUUUGACCACAUCAUCCUCUUUAUGCAUGUUGUCUUACUCCAAGCUGUAUAGGCUCGAAAGCCUACUACCAAUUUAAGCAUAUUAGGUGAUGUGCAUCUCUGUAAUGAGAAGGGGUGUGGUCUAAUGACAUCAACACCCUAUAUCAGGUGUGCAUAAUUAUUAGGCAACUUCCUUUCCUUUGGCAAAAUGGGUCAAAAGAAGGACUUGACGGGCUCAGAAAAGUCAAAAAUAGUGAGAUAUCUUGCAGAGGGAUGCAGCACUCUUAAAAUUGCAAAGUUUCUGAAGCGUGAUCAUCGAACAAUCAAGCGUUUCAUUCAAAAUAGUCAACAGGGUCGCAAGAAGCGUGUGGAAAAACCAAGGCGCAAAAUAACCGCCCAUGAACUGAGAAAAGUCAAGCGUGCAGCUGCCACGAUGCCACUUGCCACCAGUUUGGCCAUAUUUCAGAGCUGCAACAUCACUGGAGUGCCCAAAGCACAAGGUGUGCAAUACUCAGAGACAUGGCCAAGGUAAGAAAGGCUGAAAGACGACCACCACUGAACAAGACACACAAGCUGAAACGCCAAGACUGGGCCAAGAAAUAUCUCAAGACUGAUUUUUCUAAGGUUUUAUGGACUGAUGAAAUGAGAGUGAGUCUUGAUGGGCCAGAUGGAUGGGCCCGUGGCUGGAUUGGUAAAGGGCAGAGAGAUCCAGUCCGACUCAGACGCCAGCAAGGUGGAGGUGGAGUACUGGUUUGGGCUGGUAUCAUCAAAGAUGAGCUUGUGGGGCCUUUUCGGGUUGAGGAUGGAGUCAAGCUCAACUCCCAGUCCUACUGCCAGUUCCUGAAGACACCUUCUUCAAGCAGUGGUACAGGAAGAAGUCUGCAUCCUUCAAGAAAAACAUGAUUUUCAUGCAGGACAAUGCUCCAUCACACGCGUCCAAGUACUCCACAGCGUGGCUGGCAAGAAAGGGUAUAAAAGAAGAAAAAUCUAAUGACAUGGCCUCCUUGUUCACCUGAUCUGAACCCCAUUGAGAACCUGUGAUCCAUCAUCAAAUGUGAGAUUUACAAGGAGGGAAAACAGUACACCUCUCUGAACAGUGUCUGGGAGGCUGUGGUUGCUGCUGCACGCAAUGUUGAUGGUGAACAGAUCAAAACACUGACAGAAUCCAUGGAUGGCAGGCUUUUGAGUGUCCUUGCAAAGAAAGGUGGCUAUAUUGGUCACCGAUUUGUUUUUGUUUUGUUUUUGAAUGUCAGAAAUGUAUAUUUGUGAAUGUUGAGAUGUUAUAUUGGUUUCACUGGUAAUAAUAAAUAAUUGAAAUGGGUAUAUAUUUGUUUUUUGUUAAGUUGCCUAAUAAUUAUGCACAGUAAUAGUCACCUGCACACACAGAUAUCCCCUAACAUAGCUAUAACUAAAAACAAACUAAAAACUACUUCCAAAAAUAUUCAGCUUUGAUAUUAAUGAGUUUUUUGGGUUCAUUGAGAACAUGGUUGUUGUUCAAUAAUAAAAUUAAUCCUCAAAAAUACAACUUGCCUAAUAAUUCUGCACUCCCUGUAUAUUUAAACAGAGGUCAUUUAGUUACUCCAAUGGCCAUUGGAGGGAUUGACCAUUGGAGUAACUAAAUUACCUCCAUUUGUAUAAAUAUACAUAGGGAUUAAAGAGAGAGAGCGCAGGUGACUUUUUUUUCUUUGGUUUUUACUAUACAUUGUAUAGUAAAUUGUGUACUGUGGUCAUUGCUGCCGCCCGGGAGUGAGCGCAGGACUUAUCUUUUUGUAUUUGUAUUCACCCUGUAAUAUGUGCCUGAAGUGGAACGUUUUAUGGCCUUAAACAGGGUGUUGAUUACAGCCUGGGAAAAUCCAUUACCUUUCUGCCCUUUACUUUCAAUCUCCAAGCUAUCCGGUUGAGGGAGGAUUGAUCUGGGUGAAGAACUGGACCUUGAUGUAUGAUAGAAAGAACACUUGCAAGCUGCUAUGGUAUUUUCUUGGAGAGACUCAAGGAAGGAGAAACCAUCAUCUGGAUUGCCAAAAUGAGAAACCAUCGUCUGGGAGGGGGAAAAUGAGCGGCAUUGGAGGGAAUGAAUAUCCCAGGGUGAAAUGCCAUCUGCCUGAUAGUGCAUCUCUAUAGCAUGGUGAGGCUUCUGGAAAAUAACGUGUGGACUUUCCUGUUGUUGUUGGUUGCCAUCAGGUCAACUUGAGGAAGACACCCUUUUCACUAUCAUUUGGAAGACUCUGUCUGACAAGCUUCAUUCCCAUGGAUCUAUCUUUACUCUGCUGAGGAAGUAUGCCACUGAAUUCUGCACUCCUGCAAGGGUAACUGUUAGACCUACCAGGUGUAGUUGUGUGAAAUAAAUCUUUAUUGAUACAGCAAGUAUGGUUAAGAUCGAAUAUCCUAAGCAGAGGAAAGGUAACUUUGUAAGUCAAAACAUUCCAGUAGUAAUAAGUUGUGACAACUCGACUUGGCAUAACAGUGCCUGAAUAUAGCAGAGUUUCCUACGCAGAGGAAACGUAACCGUGUGAUUCAGAGUAAUAAGCUUUAGUAACAUAAGGUCAAAUCGUAAAGUAGUAAUAAGUUGUGGUAACGUGAUUAGGCAGUAUAGUGCCUGUAAAUAGCUGCUCUUUCGUCGCAGAAGAAACGUAACAGUGUGGUUCAGUGAAGGAAUAUUGGAAAUAUUGGAUUGACUUUCGCAUUUGGCUAUGGCCAAAUUUCCUAUGUAGAGAGGAGAUGGCUAUUGAGGCAGAGUGGUCCCAGUACAGUAGGUAGUGGUGUCUCUGGGGCGUCAGGUCGGGAUCAGUGUGUUAUUUAAAUCUAUAUGUCCUGUCUCCCUCGUUCUAACUGGGCAUGCAGCUAUCCUUCACAACUAGAGACACCCUCUGCCCCCGCCCCUGCAUCAGUCCUGGCCGACCCAACCCAGACGAGGCACGCUAGCCCAGAGGCACUCCGGGCAUCAGCCGGACAGCACCCAGCUCUCUGGAGUGUAGUCAAUGGGGGAAGGGUGGGACUUCGAGGAUGUGGAGAAAGUGUAGCAGGGGACAAGCGACAAUGAGGUGAGUGCGAAAGAGAGGAGCGAGGAAGCAGGGGAGGUGGGUGAGUAGUGGUUAAACAUUCGUGACUCUGACGAAAUCCGGUGAUGCCAGAAAUCUUAACCAGUAGAACCAUCAAUCGUUCCCGUUCUUUAACCAUAGCCGCUUUCAGGUCUUCAAAUCUCCUGAUGUCCUCCACCUCUUCCACCCACUGUUUGAUCGCCGGGGUCCGUGCCUGGCGCCAGCAGAUCGGGAUCACCACUUUAGCUGCGGUCAGGAGACGCAGUAUCGCUGAGCGUUUGUAUCUCUGUACUGUAUUGGUCGUGUGGUGUAGCAAGUAGGUCACUUAUUCCAUUAGGGGUGGUUCCUCUGAUAAUUUCUCCACUACUUGACUGAUCUUCUCCCAGAAUGUGAUUAAUCGGCAUGUCCACCAUACGUGGAGGAACGUGCCUCUAUCUGUUGCACAGCGCCAGCAGAGUUUCGAUAUCUCUGGAUCCCUUCGGUGUAGGGUGGUUUGUGUCAGAUGCCAUCUUGUUAGGACCUUAUAAGAGGUUUUGUGUACCCGUGCCGACGUCGGCGUCUUCUGUAUGAGGGUCAGCAUCUUGUCCCAUUCUGCUUCCGUAAAUGGCUGCUGGAGGUUGUGGUGGACCGCCUGGCACCCCGACUGGGUGACUCUGCCAAUCGAUACUUCCUAGUGCUUACGAGUACUCCAAGCACACCAGACACCGUAACCACCAUAAACACUGCAGACAGCGUUACAGCUUGUUUGGGGUCUCGCUGUCCUCCACCUACCCUGGACCCAAGACCAGGAUCCAGCUUCUACUGGGUAGACCUCUCCAAAUCCAGAAAGUAAGACAGGAUAGCUCUUACAAGAGCUAGGGAUUAUAAUCCAAGGGAGUAUAAUGAGUGUAGCAAUCCCCAGAGUGAAUAUAGCUGUUCCCUUCACACAUAAAAUGAAGCUCUAUGUUGAGGGUGAAGAGGAACUGAUUUAAUGUGAGCCACAUGCAGCCUUAUAUGCAACUCCCCAUGCAAGUGGUUUCCUAUUACAUAUUCCAGAGGCAUUCCCCACUGGACCUGAGAGGAGACUACAUUAAAACAUACACAUAAUUACAUUGGCUGUCAGGUCCAGGACACACCCACACAAAACAGGGUAAUCACUCCCCUGUACCACUGUACUAAACUCAAUUAUCUCCAGGCAGAGAAAACAUACAUUUUAACAACAUCCUGAAAGUACCCCUAAAACACAUGGAAACCCCACAAAGUCACAUCCCCUGAUAGCCCUGAUCUGAGGGACCAACAUAUCCAAAAAUCACCCUGAUCGGUUCAGGGGUUCAGGAUUUCCAUGGAAGUCAUAAAUUUGACGGAUCGUGCACAUGGUCCUAUGCCUAAAACAGUUCCAGGGAAUCAGGGCUAAUGGUCGGUCUCUCUUUCUGGAGCACAAAAGUACCUAAAUCACAGAAUCAUGGACCCUGAUGGUCUGGGGGUGCCAGGUUGGUCUGUGGCCCUCUUAGUGUGCUCAGUCUUGCUUCGCAGGGGGAUCAGGCUUGUAUUUGCGAUUUGUAGCGGUUACUACGAGUAGCUCCGAGCUUAGGCUGCUAUCUUGUUCGGCUGUCAGACACUCUUUCCCCCCAACAGGUGUAGUUGCACCCAGGACAUCAGUGGUUUAAUCAAUUUUAUCAUUGAACUUUGAGUUCCUUCUUGAUGAUUGAUAAAUGCUACCGCCGUGCCAUUGUCUGAUCUUAUCUUUACCCAUUUGUGGCGAGGCUGUUGUUGUUGUUUAAAAUGCUUCAGGUUCUAUUACAGCUAGAAGUUCCAGGAGAUUGGAAGGGUGUAUUGGCUGCAGAAAAUGUCAAUUUCUCGUGUACAUAGCUGUUCUGAAGAUAGGCUGUCCAACCGCACUGGCAGGCGUCUGUAGUUAAAACAGUCCAAGAAAAUGUCUCCCAGGGGGAAACUGGGAGAAGAGAAACUUCUUGUGUAUCCACCAAUCAUAGAUUGAUGCAUAUGCUGUGGAAUAUUGAUGGGUUGAAGCAUGUUCCCUGAUUUGAACUUGAGAAGGAUUGUCCUGAAAAGUAAUCAUUUAUCAUUGUGCUUACCUUGUUGGACAGUGGGGGACAUAGAUCCCAAAAGACUUGUGGCUUUCUCUGCCGAGGUUACACUGGGUACCAAUAUUUAUUUGACUUUCUUUAUAAGACCUGUAACUCUUUCUUCUGAGAGCUAAACCAUGCCUUUGUCUGUGUUGGGGCUCUUAAAUACAGCAUGGACUGGGCAGAAGUUAUAUGACACUUGACUGCAUUGAUUUUCCAGCCGUGAAGUUGUAGGAACCAAAGACAAAUCUGUCCAUGCUAAGACCGAGAUGUAAUCUAGAUUGUGCAAUAUAGCUAUGCCUUUUUCUUUCUCAGUUCUGCUACGAGUACUACCAGAACUUUACAGCUUCUUGGACAUUCUCUAAAGAGUCCAAAUGGAAGGGCUCUGUAUUGGAAGUGACCUUCCUCUAUAGCAAAUCAGAGUUACUUUUAAUGUUUGGGAGUGAUGGGAAUAUGUAAAUAGGCAUCUGAUAAGUCUAGUAAUAUCAACCAUUGCCCUAGAAACACUACAUUUAUGAUGGAUUGUUAGGAUUCCAUUUUGAACUUGCAGAUGUUCAGGAACUUGUUUAAUUUGUGUAGAUCCAUAAUGGAUCUCCUCCCUCCUGAGGCUUUUUUGCUGAGGAAAAGGUAGGAGUGAAAUCCAUGAGUUUAUUCUGCAGGGGGAACCUGCACAAUUAUGCCUUCCUCUUGAACAGAUUAAAUAAAUGUCUGAAGGGCAUUUUUUUUUUUCUGUCCCCUGGCCAUUUCGUUUUCGUUUUUUCGAUAUUCUUUUUGAAUUCUAUCCUAAAGCCAAUUGUGCUUUGUGGAUUGCUUUUGGAAUAGAAACAGAUGUGCCCCUACUCCGCCGGACUUGGAGAGAAUCACGUAAUAAAGAUCUGGCGUGGAUGAAGAACCUCUGGAUUUUCCACCUCUGAUGGAGGACUGUCCACUUCUCCAUGACAGAGCUUAUUCCCUUUCUGUUCUGUAUGAUCUGCUGUCACGAAAGAAAGAGAAUUUUCAGAAGAUCUCUUGGAACGAAAGGAUUUCCUGGUUCUCGGAACUUGGGGAAGAAAAGCUCUCUUUAUCUUCCCCAAGUUCUUUAGCUACUCCCUCUAUGCAUUCGUCCAGGUUCUUACUGAACAGCAUAUCUCCAUGAAAGGGGAGAGCACACAAAUUGGUUUUGGAGGAGGCAUCAGUGGGCCAAGAUGUGAGUCAGAGCCUUCUAGCUAAAAUAAUUCUUUAUUUUUGCAUGCACGGAUAUAAAGAACAGGCAUUUGCAAACGGACUUCCCCCAAUACUCCACAUUGUGAACAAAGGUUACAAGAUUAUACCGGACAAUGGGCAUGCGGAACACAUAACAUACAGUGCACUUUUUUCUUCUCCCAGAACAUCAUGUUUUGUAUCGGAGUAUUUAAGUAACCAGAAGGGCGCGAUCCAUCAUCGGGUUUCAGGACUCUGGGUGAGCUUUUGGAUAGAGGACUCUUAACAAAUUAGAAUUGGUUUAGGGGGUCCCUCUGUGUAGGCCAGCCCCACCCGUUCCCUCUCAUGUUGUUCACUAGUCAUGUGACCUCGUUCCUUCUAGCAUACCGUUUUAAUUAUUGAACAGGUACCUAAUGUGGCUCUGGGUAGAGCUGGCGUCGCCCAAAGGCCCAAUCCUAAUAUUCUUCGUAAUAUAUUGAUCCCAAUAAACUGUGAUUCCCUAGGAUCCCCUAUGCAUCUCCCUGUGGUUACCUUAUCUCAGUUUUCUGGCUUGGGCUCUUACCAUGUCCAUGGAGGCUUCUGAAGUAAAGCCCACUGCCAGCUUUAUGUCUUAAGCUGUAUUGGAAAGAAUAGUUACUCUUGCCCUCUCUAAUAUCCUCCUCCAAAAUGUCCAUCCAGAUCUGUAGAGCUCUGUAAAUUAAAGUAAGAGCACUGCAGGAUGAAAGCCUUAAAUGGUGUUUUAACAGCUUUAGUAUCAGGAAUAUUUUUGUAUUCUUGCCACUAUAGUGUUCAUUAAGGCAAACAAGGAACAAUAAGGAUGUGGAAUUCUCUGCCUGAAGAGGUGGUUUCAUCAGUCUAUACAUUUAAACAGCAACUAGAUGAAUACUUGCAAAAGCAUAAUAUUCAGUAGGGAUAUAAUUUUUAAUUUGUGGGAUAAUAACCUUUUGAUCCAAGGAGACAUCUAACUGCCAUUCUUCUAUCAAACAUGAAUUUUUCCCUAGUUUGAUGCAAAAAUUUUUUUUUUGCCUUCUUUUGGAUGAACAGCAAAAACAGAUGAGAGAGAGAGGCUGAACUUGAUGAAUGCAUAUCUCUUUGUAACUAUGUAGGGUCAUGGGCGCCCAAGGCUCAUUGAUGCACAUAGGGAGUGAAGGCUAGCCUGUCUGGUCCAAUCACACAAAAGAGCUACUGUAGCCCAAAUUUAUGCAAAUCUUCAUGCUGGCCAUUAUAGAAGGGCGUCAGAACAUACAGUGCAUCAGUUUGCUGCGUAUGGGAGUAUGUAGCCACAGACCGGUCAUAGUGUUCAUGAUGACCCCUGUUUACCUCCGAACGUACCUUCAAUAGGGACAUGUGUGUCAGAACUGAAUUUAGCAAUGGAAGAAGGUUGACUGGUCUGAUUAAUCACAUUUUCCUUUCGUCAGGUGGAUGGCUGGUUGUGUGUGCAUUGUUUAACUUGGGAAGAGAUGGCAGUGGGAUGCAUUAUGGUAAGAAGGCAAGCUGGCAGUGGCAGUGUUAUGCUCUGGGCAAUGUUCUGCUGGGAAACCCUGUGUCCUGGUAUUCCUGUGGAUGUUACUUUGACACAUACCACCUACCUAAAGAUUGUUGAAGACCAUGUACAACCCUUCAUGGCAGUGGUUUUCUCUGAUGGCACCCUGCUACUUUGCAAAAAAAUGUUCAGAAAUGAGGAACAGGACUGUGGAGAGGCUUUAAGGCCAGACUUUUGCCCACAGACUAUAGGCCUUUUCACUUUUGUUACUUUCCAUGCAGCUCUAACCACAUCUCCCCUCACUGUGACUGACACAGACAACAUAAAAACUUCUUAAGUAAGUUAACAUAUGAUUGGAAAUGAAACUUUUUUGUAUCUCCUGCUCUGUAAAUUGAACUUUAAUCACAUAUAGGAGGCAGGGUCUAGAAGGCUAUUAACAGAGCAGGUGGUAAGACUUUCAUGAAAGAGCAUGUGCAAUAAAAGAAGUUUAAACAUUAGAUCUCAUUUUACAGGAAGUGUUUAGGAAAACUAUGUAAGUCACGCGAAGAAAGGUGUGACUUGGAUGUAUAAACAAAAUGAAUUUAACUCAUAAAUGGCAAAGGAUUGAGCAGUGAGACUGCAGGUGCAUGAUCUAUAUACCAAAACCACUCUAUUAAGCUAAAGUUGUUUUGGUGCCUAUAGUUUCCCUUUAAGACUCAUUACUACAGCUGUUAUGGGAGCAUUGGAUCCAAAAUAUAUUUGGCUGCGAAUUAGGAUAAACAUACAUUAAUAUAAUUUUAACACAAACAGCUGUCUUUACAAUGAGAGGUAAUGAGUUUACAUCUGUAAACAUAUUGCAUCUUGAGUUACUGUUCUCCAUAGCUGAAAGUUUAUUCCAGUGGGUUAAUUUUUUUAUUUUAGGAUGGAUUACCUCUAAAAUCAGAAGAUUUACAAAGCAACGCAUGUUCUGGAUUUCAGCCUCACAGUUCAGUGUCUGAACCAUCAUUGUCAAGGCAACGAAGACAGAGAGACCAGAGAGCAGUGAAUUCCGAUCAGGUAACAAACCAAUUCCAGAUUUGUUAGACUAUACUUAAUUUGGGCACAUCAGACUAUUCUUUUGUGGAAAUUAUUUGAUUGCAUUUUAGAAAAGUCUAGUUUUCUGUACCACGUGGAUAUAAGUUUUGGGUAAAAGGUUCUCUUUUAAUGGAAAUGUUUCUUAAUGUCCUUUUUACUGUCCUCUUACGUUUUCCAUGGUUCAUGGAACAAAUAUUUACAUUACUAAGUAAGAGUACUAAGAGUUGCAGGAUAUUUAAAAGACCACUAUAGUGCCAGGAAAACAAACUCGUUUUCCUGGCAAUAUAGUGCCCUGAGGGUGCCCCCACCCUCAGGGUCCCACUUCAGCUGGGCUGAAGUGGGAGGAAGGGGGUUAAACACUCACCUUUCACUCUCCUCCUCCUUCGGUCGUCAUCGGCUGAAUGCGCAUGCGUGGCAAGAGCCGCGCGUGCCUUCAGUCAGUCCAUAGGAAAGCAUUCUCAAUGCUUUCCUAUGGACGCUGGCGUCUUCUCACUGUGAAAACCACAAUGAGAAGCGCGGAAGCGCCUCUAGCGGCUGUCAAUGAGACAGCAACUAUAGGCUGGAUUAACCCUUUCUCUGAAAUUGCUAUGUUUACAGCAGGCAGGGUUAAUCCUAGAGGGACCUGGAACCUAGACCAUUUAAUUGAGCUGAAGUAGUCUGGGUGCCUAUAGUGGUCCUUUAAGGUUCCAGCAUAUAUGAAACAUGUGUUUAGUUUUCCUUAACAGGUCAAUGUUUGCCCCUAAAUCACUAGGAAAAAGUUAAAUAUAUGUAAGCAUGCUGCAAAUGUUCUCGUGUGACAUUCAAUGACAAAUGUGCAAUUUGAGAAAAUCAUUUUGUAUUGGACGAUACCAGUCCUAAAUAAGGAGUUGUCCACCCAAUCUGGAACAGGAGGUUCUGCCACUGACGUCCUGAACUGAUGGCAAGGAAAGAAUUGGGGGAGAAAGAUCAGAUUUAGUUUUUCAUUCCUAACUAGUUCAUUUUAAAGGAACAUGUUCAUCAGAAAUGAGUGCCUUUUGUAUAUUUUGUGUGUAUUUGCAUAUUUACUUUUAAAACCAAAAAAGUGACAUGCAACAUAUCUCAAAAUCCAAUGCACACUUUGAAGUGACUAGGUUUUAGUACCACUGUAAUGGCACUGUAAAGUGUAAGCUUGCCUGUCAACGUCAAGGCAAAGCUGUGAGACGAGUCCUACAAUUCAUCUUUAUGCGUUCAGCUUAACGUCAAAUGUGGCAGAAGUGUGCGUAUAUAUGUCUUAGUACAAACUAGUUUACUCUAAAUGGGAGCAUGUGUCUGUAGUGCAGAAAAAUUAAAUAAAACACUUAUGUGACAGACCACCUGGUCACCCAGGAACUGUACAUGGCUCUUAACCACCACCUCCCUCUAAAAAGAGCUGUUAUCACCAUGUUUUACCCUCUAAGUCUUGCCUCCCAGUUCAGUGCCUUUCCUAGUGGCCUUUAGGCGCAUUAGAAAUCUGCAGGAAUGCUACAGAGGCUAGGUGUGCUUGACUGGGAGCAACCACCAAACACCCUGGAAGUCUUGCUUGGAUCGUGGACCAGCUGCUGUCUGGUAAAAGUUUAUCACAAGUGCUCUUGGUCCCAGAACCACCUAGCAGGGUGAUGUUUUGGGGAGAGACAGAGGAGGUUGUAAGGCAUCCAAUGGUACCUAGCACUUGAGGGAGCUCCAUGCACUCAUGGAAAGCGCUGUUGUUUUUGGUGACCGGGAUUUUCCACCCAGCUUCAUGGAACUCUACGCCGGACCAGAGGAUGGCCACAGCCUGGUCAAAACUUUACUUCAAGCUUUACUCGGGCCAGCUACCUCCAAUCCGGGCGCUUUUUGGACUGAGUGGGUGUUCAGAAGAGAGCUUUUUGUUUGGGGAUGUGGGCACGGGGACCCUAAGUUUUGUGUGAUUUUGUUAACUCUGUGCCAAGGUGUCUGGCCGCUAAUUAAAUUCACAGAAGAAUUGUCUUCCCCCUAUGGCGUAAGUAUGUUAGCAUUGAAAGCUCUACCUUGUAAUAGGCAGGGGUUUGGUUGGACCUGCAUUCCAGCCCCCACUGCCGCUGCCAAUUGAAACCAAUAUAACUGAUGGCUAAACCUCAUAGACAGCAAUUAUAUUGGAGGUUCUUCUCAACUUUUCCUGUAUGUGUGGAUAGAUGGAUCAAAUUUUCAGCCGUUACACCAGUGUAUAUGUUAGAUCAGUGGAUCAUCAUAAAAUUGAAUACAUUGCUCAUUUAGAAAGGGCUGUUAUGUUUUUGCAAGGCGUAGUCUUUUUAACAAUAAUAUCCAUCUCUUUUAGUUUCAUGAGGUGCCUCCAAGACCACUGCCUUCCCUCCCUACUGCCUUGCAUCACGCUGUGAAGAAAACACAAAGCUCAGAAUCUGCAACCUCUGUAAAUCAGUCUAAAAAUAUUCAAAUCCUCAUUUCAGAGGUAAGCCGACGGUAGUGACACAUUCCAAGUGCCUUUUAUUUAAAAUCUUAACUGAAGGACAAGUGUAGUAUUCAUAAAAAGUGAUCUAUUUAGGUGUUAGGACAUGUUCCCUAACACCUGGAAGCUAGGGUCUGCACUUCUGUAUGUUUGUGUUGGGCAAAAUUUGGAUAUCUUUCUAUGUUAUUUAAAUGUCAAGUAUAGAGGUAUGUAAUCACAAUGGACAGGAAGUAAAGCCAUAAUUUCUGAUUUGUUUCAAAUUAUUUUAAAAAUAAAGACUUCUGUCUUUACCUAAUCUAAAUGGCUGUGAUACUAAUUUGCUGUACUUCACUAUGCUAUAUAUGAAAGGCAUGCAAUUGCUAUCUCUGUGUGUGUGUAUGUAUAUAUAUUCUGUGUCCAUGGGUUUUAAAUUUGAUCUUGUCUUUACUUUUGCACAGGAUAAUCGACCUCUGUCUGCACGAGAGAGAAGGCGGCUGAAACAGUCUCAGGAAGAAAUAUUUAACUAUGGUUAUUAUAUUGUAUUUUUAUGCACCUCAUGAUAUAACCGGUUGUCUUGCUUUUACUGUGCAAAUAUGUUUCCCCCUGUCCUUGUCUAUGACUUUAUGUUCCUCUCCGCCUGGCUUACUAUAUAGCUCACUCUCCUGUUGAUCUUCUAACCAGGGGCGGAUCCAGAACCUAAUCUCGGGAGAGGCAUUAGUAGAUUUUUUUUUUAAUUUUUUUUUUAAGGCACAAUAAUCACUACCGCCCUAUAUGGUGGUUAUGGUGCCAGAACUGCUGUUGUGCCCUCCCAGAGUAAGUUGUCAAACUGUGUAACGGAAUAGGGCCUGUUAAAGGGGAUAGGGGCAGUAGUGGGGGUGCAGUGUGUAUGUUUACAGGGAUGUAGUGUAUGUGUGUGUGUGUGUGAUUGUGAGGGGUUACAGUGCAUGGGGGGUACAGUGUGUGUGAUUGUUAGUUGUGCAGUGUAUGUGAUUGUGAGGGUUACAGUGUGUAAUUGUGAGGGUUACAGUGUGUGUGUGUAUGAGAGGUUCAAUGUGUGUUAGCUGCAGUGUGUAAUUGUGAGGGGUGCAGUGUGUGUAAUUGUGAAGGGUACAGUGUGUGUGUGUUAUUGUGAGGGAUACAGUGUGUGUGAAGGCUCUUCUCACAAGUCCCGGCACCACGUGGAAUUGAGUGUUGCCUUAGUAACCACGGCAACACUCCAAAAGCCGGGACUCUGUGGCAGCCGUAAAGGUAAAGACUGAGAGCCUCCUGCCCCCGUCCUGCUGCACAGCUCUGCAAAAACCCUCAGCAAAGGAUCUAUGUGUAUGUAAGGGGCCCGAGAUCGCGGGGCCCCUUACAAUUAUAUCAGCCACUGAUUCUAACUUAUACUUUCCUUUCACUCCACUAGUUGCGCCUCUUUCUCCUUUUGGCUUAAAUUUUAAUAUCUGUCUCCACGACUGAGAUUAACAGGGUUAUUCAGUGAAUUUUAUAUUAUAGGUCACAAUAGCUGAAAUGGAAAACCAAAUCUCUAACUCAGCUGUGCCUCCAAUGUGGCAAUAUUUGCCUUUCAUUUGACAUUCGUUGUGAAUUCCCAACAAUACUCACUGUAGUGAAGAACCCUGUCCAUGUAAUCACUUUGGCAAAAUGUAUUUUUUUUUUUUUUUUUUGUGUGAAGUCAUGCAGAAAAGCUAGAUUGGCUACAAAGAUUAUAUAAUUUAUAUGUCAUUUUAACACAGAGCCAACAGCCAGAAGAUACUCCGUGGGAAGCGAGCAACAAUCAAGUAAUGGGCCCAGGAAAUCCAUUGUUGGGAAUUCUUCAAAUCACUCAAUACCGAACAUUGCGUUAGCUGAGGUAAAUUACAUUACAUUAUAUAGAGUCUUGCAGCCAGCAUAUUUUGUGGCUUUAUGCGAACUAGUUAUGUAGUAAUUAGGUUGAAAUAAGGAUAAUAAAGUCUAUCAAGUUCACCCAAUGUAACCCAUUCUUUUAUGCCGUUGAUCAAUAAAAUACAAACUACAAAACAAAAAUACAAACAAAUGUAGCCAUUUUCAAUCAUUCCACAAAAUGGGGAAAAAAAUCUUCUUGACUCCAUAAUGGCAGUCAGGUUCUACUUGGAUCAACAACCUGUUCACGUACAUAUUAUAUCCUUGAAUAUUCCGUUUUUGCAAAAAGAAAUAAAAAAUCAUCCAAGCUUUUAUUUCAAAUAUCUAUAAAAUCUGAUAAGACAGCUUCUUGGGUAGAGGAUUCCACAUCUUUAUGGUUUAUUAAAUUAAUUAUUUUACUCUGCUGUAAGCAAAAUUGCCUUUCUUCUGGUCAAUAUAACUACAAUUAUUAUUAUUAUUUAUUUUUUUUAUCAUUAAAUGAAGAAAAAUGUGGCUAGAUCGCAUAGCUUAUCUGAAGAUGAUUUAAGUUCCUCGGCCAGCUCAUCUGAGAAGUCUGAGGGUGAUUUAAAGGAUGGGUGAGUGUAUUUGUUGUGGUUUGAUACAGUGUCCGUUUUCUAUAAUGCUUUAUCAGUAAAACAUUUUUAAGUACAAUGAAUCUGAUGUUAAAAAUGUAAAAAGAGAAGCUAAACUACUGUAAAGCAAUGCAGAGUUUUGGUGUAACCAUGGGACCAUGAUCAUAAAAACCCAGAAACAUUGGUGCAGAUGAGCACGAGCUAUAUAGAUUUACUAGGAAAAAAAAAGGCAUGGGUGGUGGAGUUAAAUUGUCUUAGAUUCGUAGUACUUGAGGUUUUUUUUCCCAGUUAGCUGACAUGUUUUGUUUAGCUUUGUAAAUUUUGUGUUCCUUCCAGGCUCUUGAUAGUCUUUCCUUGGCUCUCUAAUACUUCAUGUUUCUUUCAUUCUCUUGAGAAGUUUCCAUUGGCUCUGCAUUUCUCUGGGUAAAUCGUUUCUCUUUGCCCUCUAAUUCACAGAUUACAUUUAAAGGGACACUAUAGUCACCAGAACAACUACAGCUUAAUGUAGUUGUUCUGUUGAGUAUAAUAGCUCCCUUCAGGCAUUUUCAUGUAAACACUGCCUUUACAUUGCCCCUAGGGACACCUCCAAGUGGCCACUACUUUGAUGGCCACUGGAGGGGCUUUCUGGCUCAGGGCUGCACAGUAAGCAGCCCUGCCGUUCAGCAUCCCCAUGAUCUGCAUGGAGACGCUAAAUUUUCCUCAUAGAGAUGCAUUGUUGCAAUGCAUAUCUAGGAGGAGGACCUGAUUGGCCAAAAGUGGCAUUUGGCCCUGCCUCCGUGCCGAUUUUAGCCAAUCCAAUGCUUUUCCAAUGGGAAAGCAUUGGAUUGGCUAAAAAUCAACCAUUUUGAUAAUGUCACAAAGGAGGUGGAGCCAGCGCCAGGCGGAGCCAGCGCCGGCAGACCCGCGCAGCGCUGGAAAUAAGGUGAGUUUUUAUUAAACUUUUAUAGAGGGGUUAAGGGGGGGCAUGCCACCUAAAUGGUGGGUUUAGCACUAUAGGGUCAGGAAUACAUGUUUGUGUUCCUGACCCUCUAGUGAUCCUUUAAUAUGUAUAAUAUUUUACUUAUGAUAAUUCUUAAAAAAACACAGCAGGCUAGAGUAUACUUUUUUUAUUUAUUUUUUUAUUUUGUGCAGCUUCUAAGAGACUUGGAAAUGGCAUCUCAGCCAAUCCCCUCACCCUUUCAUUAUUCUCAGAGGAAAUGCACAGCACACCUCAUAAACCUCUGCCCAAUGGAGGGCAAUUGAAAUAUAUAGUUCAGCAGCUGUAUGCAUUAUUUUUCAUGAAAAUAUAGGAAUGAAAUCACUUUACAAGUUUCUUAAACUCCUUAAGGACUGAGCCAAAUGUACACAUUUUGAUUAAAAUAAAACUUAAUUUAAAACGAAUUUAACUAUAUGUCUGUUCAACCGUAAGUCACCUCUUUCAAAUGAGGUGCACCCACACUUAUUAUAUAUCAUUUUAUUUAAUAUAUAUAUAUAUAUAUAUAAAUAAAUAAAGUCAGCGUUAAUAUUUGUUUGUGUGUGAAAAAUGCAAAAAACUAAUUUGAACGCCAAUUUUGGCCAGUGUUUGUGACUAAGUGGCUACUAAAAAAGACAUGACAUAACCCAUUUGCAAUACCUUGGGUUGUCUGCUUUUGCAAUUGGUAUGCCGUCAUGGGGGUAAUUCUCAUUACCGGGCUACCAUACGGUCUCCAAAGCAACGUAACCAAUCUGGCGAAUUUCAAUGUGAAAAAACUGAAACACAAGCCUUAUAUUUAACUCUUUAAAUUUUGAAAACACCAUAAAACCUGUACAUGAGGGGUACUGUUGUACUCGGGAGACUUCGCUGAACACAAAUAUUAGUGUUUCAAAACCGUGUCACAACAGUUAUAUCAUCCGUGUAAGUGCCGUGUGUGUGUGUGUGUCUGGUAAAAAUGCAAAAAAGUCACUUUCUCCGAUAUUAUUGUAAUACAUUUUACUGUUUUGAAACAUGAAUAUUUGAGUUCAGCAAAGUCUCCCGAGUAAAACCGUACCCCCCAUGUACAGGUUUUAUGAUGUCUUGGAAAGUUGCAGGGUUAAAUAUAAUGCUAGCAAAUUAAAUUCUCUACACUUUCUGCCUGGGUUAUCAGGCAGGUCCUGCAAAUUGUAAUUAAUAAAAUGACUUAAUUAUGUAAAAAUAUUACAUAAAUAUAUACGUAGAAUUAAAAUAAAUAUAUAAUUUUUAUUUAUAUAUAGGUGUGUGUGUGUGUAUAUAUAUAUAUAUAUAUAUAUAUAUAUAUAUAUAUAUAUUUCGUUCUAAGUGUAUUUUGAUAUCAAUAUAUAUUAAUAUCAAAAUACAGUUAGAACGAAAUUACACAUAUGUAUUUUUUUUUUUUUUUUUUAGCAUAUGUAUAUCUAUUUUAUAAUAUAUAUUUAGUAUCAUUCUACAUGUAUUUUGAUAUAUAUAUUUUAAUAUUUUUAAUUACACUUGGACAGUGUAUAUAUAUAUACUUAGAUCAUAUGUGAAAGGCCAUAGGCCUGAAUUUGUGGGAAGAGUUUUCCCUAUAGAAACUCACGCCACUUCUACGUACCCACGCCGUUUUCAUGUUCGAGUGACCCCACCCACCACUCCCACUAAUAACUUAUCACAUUAUCCCUGGUGGGCCCUCUUUAUACAGGCCUAACCGUACGUUGGUUUCGGCACAACACUACCAACUUUCUCCCUCUCCUCCAUUUCCAUAUACGAAUUUUAAGUUCCGACCACAAAUAUAUAUAUAUAUAUAUAUAUAUAUAUAUAUAUGCACACAUAUAAUCUGAGUAUAUAUUGUUUUAUUUUACACUGUUUUUAACGUUUCUUUACUUUAAUACCGGCAGCAGGGGGACUACCUGUCAUUCCAGGUACUUCCCCUGCUGGCACUGCUAUGGACGGCUAUUCCGUCAAUGUGAUUGUGAGGUCCUUGCAAGGACCUCGCAAUCACAUGGCCCAGGAGGGCCGAAUCGGCAGCAGGGGGAUUGCCUGGGAUGCCAGGCAAGUCCCCCCAUUGUGAUUGCCGGCGGGGGAUCACCAGCGAGCAGGUAAGUCCCCUGGACGGCUGGGACGUACUAUGCCACCCCACGCCGGCGUUUAGAGCUGUGUCCCCAAGGACGGCAUAGUACGCCCGCCGUUCUUAAGGGGUUAAACUUGCUUAAAGGGUUACUCCAAUCAAAAACAGUGUUUUUGGCAUACUGUGAAAAAUAAUAAUGAAAUAAAGCAAAAAAACAUACCUUUAAUCCCAUGCUGAGACCAAGUGCUCCCUGCAGCCUAAUCCUCCUCCAGUUAUGUCACUCCUCACAAAGGGGUAAGAACAUCUUGGAGUAAAACUAUAUUUAGGAGAGAGGAGGAAACUAUAUUUAAAAGAAACUACCACAACAAGAGGAUAUAGUCUUAAAUUAGAGGGACAAAGGUUUAAAAAUAAUUUCAGGAAGUCUUACUUUACAGAGAGGGUAGUGGACACAUUGAAUAGCCUUCCAGCUGAAGUGGUAGAGGUUGAAAACAAGGGGUUGGCUGCACUCACCUGAACAUGCUUAAAUAGGGUGCUGCUGGGGGCCAAUAAGUACAGUAAAAAUGAAAAUCCAGCGCAUUACAUUAUAUGAUCAUAUAUUGCAUAAGCCUGCCACAACGUCAAUGUACCCCAUCUUUGGCAAGUCCUACCCUUUCUGCUAAAUGAGCUACCUAAUCUAGGCAAUUAUUGUUUGCCUAGAUUAGGUGUUUGUAAUAAAACUAACAAAAUCGGUCAGCACCAAAAUAGCGGUUUAGUAGAUAAGGGAGUGCGCUGGAAUUUCAUUUUUUUAAAGUGGUAGAGGUAAACACAUUAAAGGAGUUUAAGCAUGCGUGGGAUAGGCAUAAGGCUAUCUUAGCUAUAAGAUAAGGCCAGGGACUAAUGAAAGUAUUUAGAAAAUUAGGCAGGCUAGGUGGGACAAAUGGUUCUUAACUGCCGUCACAUUCUAUGUUUCUAUGGGCAGAGGGGAGGAAUUGGGCAUCCAUACAGACUCCCACUCCCAGCACCAUGAUCACAGGUGCUUGGAGUAAUCCGUUAAUAGCCAUAUUCAUGCUUAUUUUUUUGUUUUCCUUUUCUUUUCUGUUGCCAAAAAAGGGCACCUGUUGCGUACAUAUAUAAUUUGUAUAGUUUUGUUUUUAUCUUUAGAGCUAUGCCAUCUGUAUAGUAGUAAACACUAGCAAUAUUGUAACCAGUGGCAGCAAGACUUGCCAGAUUUUCCAUACUACAAAUUACAGGAUGACAAUUUUUCCAGCACAAAUUAUAGAAUAUAUGUCUACCUAUCUGACUACCAACUAGUGCUUCACACCUUUUCUAAAUGAGAACUUAUAAAUCAGAAUGUUGUUCACAUAUCUCCAUGGAUACAAAUUACUUUACAUACACGUACAGAUGGUAACCCUAUUGCUGUUUUACUAUAUUUGUAAUAGUUACACAUGAGUAGGUUUGCUGCAAUCGUUUUACUAAAUUUAUGUUUUGCAGAAAAAGCGACUCAAAUGAAAUGCAAGAUCUGGUUCAACUGAUGACGCAAACAUUACAUAUGGAGAAAGAUCAAAUGCCCCUGAUUCCGUGCCGUGAAUUCAGACUUCACCGCAAAUACAGAGACACACUGCGUUUACAUGGGAAAUCAGCAGGAGUGGUGGAAGAGAUCUGUUUCGGAGACAUUCCCCAAGGUCUAGUUAAUAUUUCAAUCUUCUCUCACAUUAUAUAUGUAUUAAUGUCUUUGGGGGCAGAAAGUUUUCUUUCCAGAAAAGGCUGCCGUUUUAAAGGACCACUCUAGGCACCCAGACCACUUCAGCUUAAUGAAGUGGUCUGGGUGCCUGGUCCAGCUAGGGUAAACCCACUUUUUAAUAAACAUAGCAGUUUCAGAGAAACUAUGUUUAUUAAUGGGUUAAGCCUUCCCCCUAUUCCCUCUAGUGGCUGUCUCAUUGACAGCCACUAGAGGCGCUUGCGUGCUUCUCACUUCAGCCGGCGGGGCGUAACGGAGGAGGAGAGGAGGCAGAGAGCUCCCCGCCCAGCGCUGGAAAAAGGUAAGUUUUUCCCCCUUUCCCCCUUCCAGAGCCGGGCGGGAGGGGGUCCCCGAGGGUGGGGGCACCCUCAGGGCACUAUAGUGCCAGGAAAACGAGUAUGUUUUCCUGGCACUAUAGUGGUCCUUUAAUAAUGAGGUACACUCUAAGCAUUAAUACUACUACAGAUUAUUGUAGUGGUCAUGGUUCUAUAAGUCUAAUGAGUUCAUUUCUGGAUUUCGAUCAAACUAUUUUGAAGCAGUUUGACAAAGGCCCUUUGCUGGCCCUUCCCUCUUCAGCUGGACUAAUAAUGUAGGAUUAGACUUCUGCAUUAAAUACAAACAUGUAUUCCUGACACUAUAGUGGUAAAAACACCAUCUAGCCCUCUGCCAUCUACCCCUAAAUAUAGUAAAAUAUUAUCUUUAUUCCAGUUUGCUACUGCUGGCUCUGCCCGCAUGCUCUGCCUGCUUGACUGAAGUGAUCGGAAAGCAUUGGAUUGGCCGGUGACUGUCAAAGAGGCAGAUCAGGGGCAGAGCCAGAACAAGCCAACACAGCCCUGGCCAAUCAGCAUCUCCUCAUAGAGAUGCAUUGAAUCAAUGCAUCUCUUUGAGGAAAGUUCAGUGUCUCAAUGCAAAUGGUUGGAGAGACUGAGUGCAGUACUGUCCCAGGAAGCACCUCUAGUAGACAUCUGAAGGAGCUGCCUUUGGAGGUAUCCCCAGGCUGUAAUGUAGGAAAAGACAGUGCUUACUGAAAAAAUCCUAAAGGUACUGACUAUAAUCACCAGAACAAUUACUAUAAGCUGUAGCUGUUCUUGUGACUAUAGUGUCCCUUUAAGAAGUGGAUUUUUUCCAGCCUUUGAUAACAAUUGCAUGCAUUGUGAGUGUAAAGUCCAGUGCUCUCAGCCUAUCCUUACCAUCCAGGGCCGGACAGAUUUUGCACUGGAUAAUGGGUUUUGUUUUGUUGCAUUAGGAAUACAGCUACGCAAAGGGCAGGCUGUGGGAGCUAGGUAGAGCUCUGUUUUUUGUCAAACCACUCCAAAACUUUUAACAGAAAACCUGGGUACCAGAAUCUAUAGAAUCUUGAUCUGUAUAGUUAUAGAUCACCUAAAAAUAAAUCAGUUCUUUAUGUGUUAUUCCCUCUUGAUAUUGUUUUAGUUCUUUGGUUUUAACCAUUAUUGAUGAUAAUAGUGAACAGAGGCGUACCUAGUGUCUCCAGCGCCCUUGGCGAGGAGCCGUUUUGACACUCAUCACCCCCACCCCCUUCUAUUAUGGAAAAAAGAGAAGAAAAGGUGUUUUUUUUUUUUUUUUUUGAGCAAUCACAAUCUUUUUUUAUUGUCUGUAUUUCCAUAGUGAGCAUAGUACUCAAAUGAGAUUUAGGUUAAACAUGUGAUAUCACAUUCAGAAGAGAUGGGACUCAUUUUACAUUUUUAAAGAUGCUGCUCCACAUAGCAUGACUCCUAUAUAUGUUCUCCACCAUGUAAAGGAAAACUAAAGAAAUAUCUAUCAUUAUAUUUUGUUUCCUCGUCCUCCCUGUCCUGAGUUUCUGAGAUUUCUUAGUCCUGCCAGUCACCCAAAGUCCUCCACACUAUGUGAAAUCCCUGCAAGGAGAACUCGUACACAUGAAAUAGCAAAGCUCCAUAUACAAUGCUUUCCCAAUAAUGCCAAUAAUAAUCUGUGUUAUCAACCUCAAAUCAUUAAUAUACAUUUACACGCACAUAUUAUACUUGUGUAAUGAUGGUGAAGAGGAAUGCUUGUCACUAUGUUGCAAGCAUAGUACAAGCACAUAACACCUUAUCACAAGCAUAAUACAGGCACAUCACACCUUAUGACAAGCACAACACAGGCCAUUACACCUAAUUGCAAGCACAACAUAGAUAACUCAUACCUUUUUACAAGCAUAACACUGGGACAUCACACCAUAUCAAUGCUGGACUGGUGACAAAAAACUGCCCUGGAAAAAGUUUUAUACCAACUCACAGGACUUACCUCAGCACAGAGAUUGCACUCACAUGACUUGCCCAAGCACCCAUGACUUACCGCAGCACUAAGAUUGCACUCACAGGACUUGCCCCAGCACUUAAAUUGCACUCACAAGACCUGCCCGUGGCCGUCACCCCAACACUGAGAAUGCCCUCACAGGACUUGCCCCAGCAGUCAUCCCAGCACUGAGAAUGCCCUCAUUGGACUUGCUCAGGACUUACCCUGGCAUUUAGAUUGCACUCACAGAACUUGCCCGAAGACUUCAAACAGCUCCUGCAUACAUAAUGCAGAAGGAAAAAGAUGCCGGAUAUGAAAUUUCCGGUGGCAUGAAAGGCAACAUCACAUUGGCCGAGAGAGUGGUCUCUCACACUUUUUUGCAGCUGCAUCUGUAUCCCGCCACUAACGAGCUCUUCAAAGCCCUGCACCCAUUUACAAACAGGAGUAUAUACAGGUGUCACAAAAAAAAUAUAUUUUUUUAAAGCUAACAAAUACCUUGGUUGUGACCGAUGAACUCAGGCUAUCCGGGUAUAGUGGGGACUGCAUGUGGUGUAUUGGGGUGUCUGGGUGUAAUGUGGACUGCAUAUUGGGUUGUAUGAGUGUAAUGGCUACUGUUUAUGUGUGAUAUAUUUGGCUGUCUAACAGUAAUAGGAACUGCAUGUGAUGUAUUGGGUUGUCUGUGUGUGAUGUUAUUGAGUUAUGUACAUGUGAUGGAAACUAUGUUUGGCAUUGGGCUGGCUGUGUGUGAUGAGAAUGUGUGUGUGUGUGUGAUCAUUUUGCUGUCAAUGUGUGAGGAGACUGUUUGUUUGUUUGUUUGUUUCUGUUUGUAAUGAUUUGGGGCUGGCGGUGUAUGGUGGAACUGUGUUUGUCUAUGAAUGAUAGUAAUAACCCCUGAUGAGUAGAUAGCAUAAUUUAACUGGUUAUCUGUGACCUGUAUAAAAGUUGGUGAAUCCUUAAACAACACAAACUAAAAUGACGUCUUUCAUUCUCACACAAUAUCUCACACAUAUUAUUUGCUCAAAAGCUUUACUUCGUUACUUACUGUCUCAGUAGUAAUGCAAUUGUCUGGAAUGUCCGCUCCAUUCGCUUCCUUAGUCCCUAUGCAAACUGCUGUCUCAGCCAGGUAGGUAAGGUGUCCCUAGUUCAUCUGCAAUCUCCAGGCAGGUUAAGUGUGACUGCACUCUCUGCUUACUUCUACCUCCCUCCCGUCCCAUCCAUAUCUCUUCUACCCCCCCAUCCAUCCAUUCAUGUUUCUCAUUUCUAUCCAUAUCUCUCUCGCCCUUCCAUGUCUACCUUUCCCGCUUCCAUCCAUAUCUCUCCCCCUUGCCAACCUACCCUCUUCCAUCCAUAUGCCCCUCUUGCCAACCUCCAGCCUUCCUAUCCAUAUCUCUCCUCUUGCCAAACUCCCCCCUCUUAUUCAUAUCUCCCAACUUGCCUAUCCCCCCCCCUUGGCAACCUCCCCCCUCCAUCCAUAUUUCCCCCUUGCCAACCUCCCCCCCUUCCAUCCAUAUCUUUCCCCUUGCCAACCUCCUCCCUCCUAUCCAUAUCUUUCCCCCAACCUCCCCCCUCCUAUCCAUAUCUUUCCCCCUUGCCAACCUCCUCCCUCCUAUCCAUAUGUUUCCCCCUAGUAUCCAUAUCCCCCCUUGCUAAUCCCUCUCCUAUCCAUAAAGCUCCCCCUUGCCAAUCUCCCUCCUCCUAUCCAUAUCUCCCCCCUUGCCAAACUCCCCUUCUAUCCAACAUCUCACCUUCUAUCCAACAUCUCCCCUCCUAUCCAACACCUACCCUCCUUGCCAAACUGUCCCUUCCUAUCCAUUUCCCCCAACUUUCCAACCUCCUAUCCAUAUCUCCCCCCUUGCCAACCUCCCCCUUCCUAUCUAUAUCUCCCUCCUUGCCAACCUCUCCCCUUCUAUGAAAAUCUCCCCCAUUGCCAACCUACCCCCAUCUAUCCAUACCUCACCCCUUCCAUCCAUAUUUCCCCAUUGUCAAUCUCCCCCUUCUAUCCAACCUCUCCCCUCCUAUCCAUAGCUCCCCCUUGCCAACCUACCCCCUCCUAUCCAACCUCUCUCUUCUAUCCAUAUCCCCCUAUCCCUCCUAUCCAUAUCUCCCCUUGCCAACCUCCCCCCUCCUAUCCAUAUCACCCCCUUGCCAACCUCCAGCCUCCUAUCCAUUAAUCUCCCUUUGCCAACCUCCCAUCCUAUCCAUAUAUCCCCUUGCCAACCUGCCACUCCUAUCCAUAUAUCCCCCCCUUGCCAACCUGCUCCUCCUAUUCAUAUACCCCCCUUUGCCAACCUCUCCCCUCCUAUCUAUAUCUCUCCCAUUCCCACCUUCCUCAAGAUCUCCCUACCUAUGCAUUCCUCGCCCCCCUCCUCCCUCUCUCCUUCCCAUGCAGCACUCACAGAGCCACCUCUCUUCACUUGCCUCCUCCCUGCCGUUUUGCCAGUCAGGGGAGGGGGGAGCUCGGUGUCCAGCUAUGUGUCAUGCUAAGUGCCGGGUAGUCACAUGACACCCUGCGCUCCUACGCAGACCGCGAGGGGGAGGUGCUCCCCUCGUGUACUAUUCGUGUUUUUCCUUGAUGAAGCCACACACAUCCUGGGGGCACAGGCCAAGCAGGGAACGCAAAAAUAACUGCUCACACUACCAAUUGAUUUUUAGAAGGGAUAUAAUAAUAUUAUACAAACAUAUUCGAGCCAAAACCAACCAUUGUUUGGAAAUCUAUUCAUAAACAGGACUAUACAUAUGCCCCCAGGGUCAUACAUUUAAACUGGAAGGAAGGAUAUUUAGAUAAAGGAAAAGGCUCUUUACAGUAAGAACCAUAAGGAUGUGUAAUUAUCUGCCUGAAGAGGUGGUUUUAUCAGAGUCUAUACAAAUAAACAGCAAAUGGAUGAAUACUUGCAAAAACAUAACAUACAGGGAUAUAAUUUUUAAUAGGUAGGGUAACCAUUUCUUGAUACAUGGAGAGAUCUGACUGCAAUUGUGGGGUUGAGAAAGAGGUUUUUUUUCCCCCUAGUUUGUUGCAAUUUUGGAAAGAGCUUCAAACUGUUAUUUUGGAUUAACAGCAAAAACAGAUGUGAAAAAGGCUGAACUUGAUGGACACACAUCUCUUUUGAGUUUAUGUAACAUGUUACUUCAUUUAUAGAGCUUUGCCCCAGAAUUGCCUUUGAUACCCAAUUCCAAUAUUUCAUUGCCUUGCAGAUAAUUUAAGUGCUCCUGAGAAAUUCCGUCGUAUGAUUGAAGCUCUGAGGACUGAUGUUGUCCAGGGUCUGGGUGUGAAACUUCUUGAAGAAGUUUAUGAUAUUAUGGAAGAAGAGGAUGACACAAAAAAAGAGGUAUUGUAGUUUUUAGCCUUGCUGUAUUCUGCGAUCAAUGCAUUGUGAGGAUAUUAUGGGGUGAUAAAAUUAAGAAGAAUAAUUUCAUAAAAAUUAUCAGAAAUGAAUUUAAUAAUUUUUAUUAUAUCAAAAUUUAUAUAUUGGCACUGUUCCCCUUGAUUAAUUUAAAGCUAAGAGCUACCCACUAUUUUUAACUGUUAUAGACCCUGGAGUAUGUUUUAUUAGAGGAUUUGUAUUUCACACAUUAAUUACAAACUAAUUUAUAAAAAUAUAAUUUAUUGUGACAAUAAUUAAUAAUAAUAAAAAAAAGUAACAUGCGUGACAAUAAUUAGUGAAUAUUUAGGUAUAACAUAUGUAUACAAUAUGGCAGUUUAACACAGUUUCAGAUAGUUUAAUAGCAACAUAUCCCCAUAUAUGCAAAUUUCAACAGAUUUACGACAGGACACCCUUUGAAAUCAGCUAUACAAUCCGUAAAACAGAACUUUCCACAGCACAGCUUAUGGCAAUAAAAUCGCUGUUCGUUUCACUCACACUGAGUUAACUCACUCACUGCUGGCUACAAUUCUCACAGGCAAAAUACCCUUUUAUAUCGGAAUUGACAAUAUGAUCUUUCUCAUACUAAAUCAAUUAACCAUUCCUUCUCAUCGAAUGACCAAUAAGAAUAAUACUAACCAGAUUUUACAUUUGCAGCAGAUUCACCUUUCUGACUAAAGAUUACUAUCCCUAAAUUCAGAUAGUCAGUAUCUCUGGAUAAAAAUACUUGGCAAGUUACUAGUAAAUAUAUUGUUUAUUUAUUCCACCUGCAGGAAUUGAAUUAUGUAACCAUAUAUUUCUUAGUUAAUUAUGAUUUCUAAGUUAGAAACCUGAACAGCUUUUAUCCAGGUAUAUUUCUGCUUUUAGUAAAAUUAAUUAAUUUAAAUUAAAUAAAACCAGUAUAAUUACCAUCUUCUUGCUAGAAUUUCAUUCGCUUGGUGAUAUUCCAUAAAAUGGUGAAUGCAAGUAUGAGAAUUGUGAAUUGUGAGAAGUAGGAACAUUUUCAGCUGGAGAGACAAGUGUUUUCAGCGUGCGAGAGUUAGAUGAAAGAGAUACAGAAAGUUAGGUGUGUUAGCUUUUCUGCCCCGAUCUCAGACCUACGAUAUCUUCUCUUCAGGUAUCUUCUAUUUUAAAAGGACCAGCUUUCUUUACGUCACUAGUUUAGUGUGGCCAAUAGAGUAAGGUGGGUGUGUCUUCCCUACAGGUUAUCAUCUAGAUUUUGGUCAAUAGAUGGCGUAAUAACACCACAAGAAAUUCUCGUCAGGAAGUCCAACUACCACUUUGUAUAAGGGGUUAACUGAAUUUUGUGAUGCAUUUGACGUCAUAAUCUGUUAUCUUUAUGCUACCCAUCUACUUACUGUCUACUUUUUGGUCAUAAAAAUUAGAUUUUGACACCACUGAACCCUUGUUCACCUUCUCUAAUACAAUGAAAAUUUGUAUCAGAUGCUUAAUAUUUAAAAAGUAAAAUUAAUUACUUUUAGUGUUAUCUGUUUUUGUAAUCAUGUGUCUGGUUUCUGUGUAAAACUGUGUGUAGCACUUAGUAAUGUGACAUGUGAUAUAUACAUGUCUUUUACACACAUUCAGCUAAUGUUAGUUUAAUAAUAUGACAUUUUUUCAUUGAUAUUCUAUCCAUGAAUAUUCAAUAUUAUUAACAUAGGUACUAUUUAUAUAUGAUUAAACAUAAUUAUAGUUUAUGUGGAUAUAUAUAUAUGUGUGUGUGUGUGUAUAUAUGCGUGUGUGUGUGUGUGUGUGUGUGUGUGUGUAUGUAUGUGGGUAUAUAUAUAUAUAUAUAUAUAUAUAUAUAAAUAUUUUUUAUGCUCUGAAUUUAUUUAAUACAUAAUGGAAUGUAGAAGGGAAAGCAGAAGUUGGUUGAGGUGUGCCAAAACCAACGUACGAGUAGGCCUGUAAAAAGAGGGGCCACAAAGGUGAGUGUUAAUAUAGAUUGGUGUAGGUGGGUGGGGACAAACAGCUUGCAAGACAAAGGCAAGUAGGGGGGUAGGGUUUAUAUAGGAUCAUUACUCCUCCCACAAAUUCAGGCCAAAUGGCCUUCCAACUUGUGCUCGGAAUUUAUCUAAUACGUAAUGGAAUGUAGAAGGGAAAGCAAAAGUUGGUUGAGGUGUGCCGAAACCAACGUACGAGUAGGCCUGUAAAAAGAGGGCAAAAGAGGAUUCAAAGAAACCACACUUUAUUGCAAGUUAAUACAGCAUGAGUAACGAAAGCUUGUAAGGUGCUUCACUCUGAUUGAGGUAUGUAAGUACCUGAGCUGAUGCUUCUUGAUGACCCCAUUGUUUGUGAUGUAGACUGGGGUGUAAGUGUUUGAAGCUGCCGUAACCGCUGAAUGACAGCAUAGAAGGUUUUAAGUAAGAAGCUUGGUUGUGAGUUUUAGAGAAAAAGGCAAAAAUUUUACCAUGAUUAUAACAGCGAGGUUCUCGAAUUUAAGCCAGCUCCUGUAUGUGUCAUGGUGCAAUACAGUAAGCCCUGUCGUAUGUGAAGGGAAAGUCGUGACCCUUCGUGAAGCGUGCGUACCUGUGCGAGGUGCAAUUGUGUGCUUAGUCCCAGAUUAGCUUGUGGAAAGGUGGUAUCCUCGGUGGAAAGUUGUGGGCCUUGGGGAGUGCCUGGAAGAAGGUAUCAAAUUGGGAGCGUGACAGAGCGUCAGCUGCUGUGUUGUGGACACCAGGAAUGUGGCUACAGACUAGGAAGAACUGAGAGGUAGCUGCCAACCACGUCAGCCUGCGAAUCGGCCUCAUAAUUGUUAGGGAGGAGGACCGACCUUUGUUAAUGAUGUCGCAGGCUGCGGAGUUGUCGGAGAAGCAGUUGCCUUGCCGGUCCAAAGGUGACCCCACGUGUGGGCGGCUGCUACGAUGGGGUAGAUCUCGAAUAAAGUAGAUGUUUCCCUAAAGGUCUGCAAGGCAUCCGUCUCAGGGGGCCAGUCGUCCCUAAACCAGUGGUUGCCGCAGAUGGCUGCGAACCCUGUGUGUGCCACUGUGUCUGUGUGAAUCGAAGGUGAGUGCUCUGAAAGUGGGGGAAUGAACAAAGAGAUCUCAUUCCAAUCAGCCAGAAAACUAUUCCACAUGAGUAAAUCCGCCCUAGCCGGAUCGUCCAACACGAUUGGGCAUGAGUCGGGCACACCGUGGAGCAAGUUGAGAAGCCUGGAGACAAAAGAUCUACCCUGUGGAAUGAUGCGCAUAGCAAAGUUAAGGGACCCCAAUAAGGACUGGAGGCUCCUCCUAGUGUACGCAACACUCCGCAGGAACAGGACAAUCUCGUUCUUAAUGUGGGACAGCUUAUCUGGUGGUAAACUGUCUUGGACGGUAGUGGUGUCAAGUACUAUGCCCAAGAAAAUGAGCUUGGUGGAGGGACCGAGUGUUUUGCUAUGUGACAAGGGGACCCCGAGUGUCGUGAAAAAAGCUGUGGUGGUGUGUAUGGAGUGAGGGGAUUGUGAACCUGGUUCUAUCAAUAGAAAAUCGUCUAGGUAGUGGAUGACAGAGGGGCACCUGAGUAUAUUUAGGAGAAGCCAGCAGAGGGUUUCUGCGAAGAUAUCGAAUAACCUGGCGCUGUUCCUAGAGCCAAAAGUGAGCCGGGUGGCGAAAAAAUACCGGUUUCUCCAUUUAACACCAUGUAAGUGCCAUAGUGAGGGGUGAAUAGGUAGUUUGAAGGCGUUUGUUAUAUCUGUUUUGCUCAACCAAGCUCCACUACCAGCUAAUAAGAUGGCCUCCAUGGCAUCAUCAAUUUUAGCGUAUUGCAGUGAGAACUCCAUGGCGGGAAUGAGGGAGUUGAUACUAGGAGUGGAGAAGGAGUGAGGUGCGGAGAGAUCAAUAAUUAAACAUUUUUUGUUGGAGUAUUUGUGAAUGGCUAUACCGAUGGAAUUGGUACGCCAAGAUGAGAAAGGUGAAGACAGAAACGGGCCGAUCAUAAAGCCGGCUGUGAUUUCUGUAGACAGAAGGUGGUCCACCAUGAAUGGGUCAGUGGAAGCGGAUAAAAGGUUAGGGCAUUCAAGUGUACCUGUGGGGAUGGCGAUAAGGCCCUCGUGAAACCCCUGUGAAAAACCUGUCACCAGAUAAUCUACCAGGUGCCUAGCUGGAUGUGACUGGAGAUAGUAUUUCAGUAUGUCAAUGUUAACUUCAGUCAGGCGUUUCUUAGGUGACAGAAGGGACUUGGUGUGGGUUCUGAAGCAUAUGGAGCAGAUGUGCAGUGCCCCACAUGUCGUGAGAUUACAUACCCCGGCGUUAAAGUCACUGCACACCCGAGCCUUGCCCAGAAAUGUAAUGUGACUGUCCGGCGUGUCACUCCGAACGGCACCCUGACUAGUGUGUUGGGAGAGGGGGUGGUGAGCCGUGGAAGUGACUGUCGUGUUAGUGAGCGUAGUUUGGGAGGUCAGCAGUAGGGCCAUGGAGUUAACAUCAUUACCCUUGGAAAUGCCCUUUCUGAUGAAGUCAGGGACAGGGUGAGCCAUGGAAACGUAUGAAGUAGAUAUGGCUGAAACUGUCAGGGGAAGGUUUGCCGAGCCCAACAAGGCACCUGGUGUGGCUAUAGCGGAUUCCAGUUUCGCUAGUCUGUGAUUAAUUGUUGGAGGUUGGUGAGUAUAGCAGCCAGGGUGUCUCGUGUGGAAUACGAAGUGUGAGCUGGCAGGAUUUGUGAACUACAGCCUGGCCUGGGAACGUUGGCUUGAGUGGUCAUGAGCCUAUAUAGUUCGGCCUUUCUGGCCGUGGCAGGAAAGGGGAUACCCCUGCUUCUGAGCUCCGCUGAGAUUUUUGGAAUGGUCCAGUAUCUCAGGACCUGUGGGUAAAAGGGGUGAGGGAUUUCUCCUGAGACCCAGGCCUGAUUGGCCCGCUGGCUAUGUUUGGUGAUCGGCUUUUGAGACAUCUGAAAGAGAAUAAUGAUUUGAAUAAGUAGGGUGAAGAGGAGGUGAAGGUGAGACCUCCGGAGAACUGGCCUGCUAGCUAGUGCCGAAGAGAAAAGUUUACCUAGAUCAAGUGACAGGUGAGGCCCUGCUAGUGCCAAGUGGCGGAGAGAGGCUCUACCUAUGAUUUGGCCUGAGGGGAUUUUGUGGCCAAAUGCACGUGGUGGCGGGGUGUAGGCCUCUCGGUGACCGUAAAAAGAGAGUCAAAACGUGUGGCCGUGACUUGGGAAGCCCUGGCUAUAGCCCACAAGAAGGGCGAGCGAGGUGGCUAACUAUGAUUUGGUCGUGGGCCGAACCUCCGUGUAUGAGGUAGGGAUGUAGACCUCGUGGGACCGGGUAUUAAUUAGAUAGCUAAGGGCAGAACCUAAGUAGCCAGUUCUCUAAACUACUGGGGCUUGUCUCUCGCAGUGAUGUAUAUGUACGUAUGUAAAUACUUAACCUUGAGUAUAAGUCCUCUUUGUUCGGACAAAGCACAGGUAGACUUCGAUAUGGCUAUAAAUUAGCUUCUGCAGGAAAACAGGCUCGAUCCAGAACCUAAGGGAAAAGGAGAUGUUAGUGGGCCUGAGGCGUGCCACCGGUGUGCCAAGUGUAAAAAUGUAGAACGUAUGGGUAGGUGUGUACCAGAGAUACUGUAACGUAAGCAUGAGUAAGCUGAGGGACCUGAACGUUGGUCCAUAAUAAGAGACAAGCCCCUUGGUACCCAGGGAUGUGAAUUUAUGAAUGAAACAAAGUCAAGUGAGGCCUUAAUGAGAACGUAAUCAUAAUGAGAAAGAUAAAAUACCUGAUUCUGAAUGCCGGAGACCAGGUAGCCAGUUGGUUGUUGAUAACGUAGAGGAACUGCGUAAAAUGGCAUCAGUCUAAGUAAUAUUAUGUAGAAACGAUAAACAGGAAAUGAUAUGUUAAUACGAUAGUAGCUCGGUUGAGCAGGUUUAUGAGAGUAGUUGUUGUCUAGGUGGCGUUUUUAAACCUGUGUAUAAACGUUUAGAACCCACUUUGGGAGGUGGGGGUGGGGUUUACGCAAGAAUGAGGCCUCAGGAGAAACGUAAAAUUGGUAAAACCUUUUUACCUGAUACCGUGAAACUGGAACCUGGAAAUCACUUCUUGAAGAUUUUCUUGAAGUAGAUGAACCUAAAACAAAUGUAUUCUAAAAAUGAUGACCGGGAAAUAGUAUAUUUAAGGAACAGUUUAGUCAUAUGUAUGACUGGUCUGAAAUUAGCCUAGGAAACGGGGGCCAGGGGGAGGCGGGGGUGUUUGCUGAGUGACCCACUGAUAUAAAAAAAAAAGGGUUAAAUGGCCAACUGUUCCUUUAAGAGGGUAACCCUUGUGUGGAAACCGCAGAGUGCUGGGAAUUCGUUCAUAAUUAAAUGUAACGGUGGGUCGGGAAAUGGUGCCACACGGACUUUGAUAUAUACAGGGGGUAAAAACAGAGUAUAAACUUUCAAUAUAAAAAGGAAAUAGUCAUGUAUAGUUUCAUACUGGGGUAUAUACAUAACAUAUAGGGAAUACCUGUUUAUCCCUCCCGCGUUCAGCUAAGCGAACUAGAGAGGGAUUUAACAUAUAAAUCAACUGCAGACUAUAUAAGAAAAUGAAAACGGCUGCAUUAAAGCCAUUCGUAAGCGUGUUCGGCUAUAUGAACGUGUGAAACAGAUAGGGUAAGUAUGAGCGAUCGGUAUUUUAAUUUUUUAAACGAAUGAAAAAGAAAGGUGAGUAUGAACUUCUGAGUUCAGCUGUUAGACGAACAGCGUAAGGAACGAAAUGGUAAGUAAUAAUAAUAAUAAUAGGGAGCCUAUCCCCGUGUUUUUAGACUCGAACAUGGAAAAUAGCCGAAUGGCAUUUCCCACGUUUGUGCCUACGUGUAGGUGCCGGUCUCGUGACCGGAAGCCGGAAAACGAGUAACGAAGGUGGUUUAGAAGCCGGUGACAGGAGCUGUAUCGAGGGACUGGAUACUCGAGGCAGGAUUUGGGGGCAACCUUGAUCGGAAGUGCAAGUAACUAAGACAAACGGCUUGCAAGACAAAGGUACGUAGGGGGGUAGGGUUUAUAUAGGAUCAUUACUCCUCCCACAGAUUCAGGCCAAAUGGCCUUCCAACAUAUAUAGAUAGAGAUAGAGAUAGAGAGAGAUAGAGAGAGAGAGAGAGAGAGAGAGAGUGUGUGUUUUUUUUUUUUUUUCUGGGCUGUUGCUUUUUCUCUUCAACCCCCCCUUCUUGUAGAGAGUCUUAAUUCUGGCCAGUGUUUAUGCUAGACGCAUUCCUUUGCUUGAAUGAAUAGAGUUACAGAGAAGUAAAAAAAAGUCUGUCUUUUUGUAUUUUGUUACAAAAUGGAGUCACCUCUGUUUUAAUGGUGACUUACAGUAUGCAUUUUUAAUUUCUAUCUUAACACAAAAAUGUCUGCCAGUGGAAAUACCCUGACAGCAUAUUUAUUGUUAACAUAUUCACUACAAUAGUGUAUAAUUUAAGAAAAAUGCUCUGUUAAUUAAAAACAAGUAACCCUAGUAAGGGGACUGUGAGUGUGGCAUUACUUGCUGGUGGUUUUAGCAUGAUCCCCAUAUACUAUACUACAUUUGGUACAUUGAGGGCAAUGUAGUCUACCAUUUGCCAAAACUGAGCUCCUCCUUUAUCAUGAUGGAUUAACAUGAAAGCUGCUACGUUGAUAUUGAUUUUAUUGAUUUUUCUUAUAGGUGCAGUUGCAGAAGCAUCUGGGGGACAAAUACACAAUAUACAGCCAGAAAGUUCGCCAACUAAAAUUUUUUGAGGAAAAUUCCAAAUUUUAAGGACAGUCUAAUUUUUUUUUUUUUUUAUUACUUUCUUCAGAAUCUGUAUAUUUUUGUACUUUUUACAUUAUCUGAUGCAUUAUUUUACAAUGCAAAACUUUUUUUAUAGUUUGAAUGCAAAUAUAUUCAUGUAUUAUGUAUUUAUUGCAAUAGCAGGCGUAAAGAGAAAUACAGCAAUGUAUAUAUUAUCACAAAACAACACAGUGUCCAUUCAAUAGGACACAGAAAUAUUUGAUGGUUUCACAGAGUGACCCCUUCAUCUUAUUGUCUUUGAGCCCUACAUUUCAAAUGAUUGGUACCUGGACAUGAAUAGUUAAGUGCUUAUCAUUACAAAAUCACUAAACAUAAAAUUUACCUGCAUUCAUUAUUUUAAAGUAUACCCUCUUUGAAUUCUAUGGUUUUAUAUAUCAGGACAUACCAAUCAUCUGUUCCUUAGCAGGUCUUAAAAUUAGGUCAAUACAACCUCAAAUCAACAACACCACAUGACAGUUUACACAGUGUCAUGAUUUAUUUAUUUCAGAGAAAAGGCAGUGAUUACAUUGCAGCCUAGGAACACCUCUAGUGACCACUCCUCUGAGGUGCUUCCUGUGUCAGUACUGCAGCACUGACUUUCAGUGUCUCCACACUCUGUAUGGAGACGCUGAACUUCCCCAUAGAGAUGGAUUGAUUCAAUGCAUCUCUCUGAGGAGAUGCUGAUUGGCCAGAGAGGCAUUUGGCUUUGCCCCUGCCCCACCUCCUUGGCUGAGAUCAUCAGAAUUGACUAUCUCAGCCAUUCCAAUGCUUUCCAAUGAGAAAGCAUUGUGAUUGGCUGAGAUCAUCACUUCUGAUUGGACUGGAAUAAAAGGCAACAUUUUACUAUAUUUAGGGAGACAAGAGGGCUUAGAUAGUGAUUCUGAAUGUUCCUUUAAUAAAAAUAAAGCCUAAAUGGAGGUCAUGUGUGAAAAACGAAGUACAUCUUAUUAUUCAAUAGCUUGUAGAACCACCUUUAGAAGCAAUAACUUCAAGUAAUUAUAUUCUGUAUGACUUUAUCAUUCUCUCACAUCAUUGUGGAGGAAUGUUGGCCCAUUCUUCUUUGCAGCAUUACUUCAGUCCAUUGAGGUUUGGUGGCAUUUGUUUAUGCACAGCACUCUUAAGGUCCUGCCAUAGCAUUUCAAUCGAGUUGAGGUCUGGACUUUGACUGGGCCAUUGCAACACCUUGGUUUUUUUCCUGUUUUUUUUCAGUGAUGCUGUUGUAGAGUUGCUGGUGUGUUUGGGAUCAUUGUACUGCUGUACCCAAUUUCGGUCAAGCUUCAGCUGUCGGACAGAUUGCCUCACAUUUGACUGUAGUAUACUUUGGUAUAUAGAGAAGUUCAUGGUCGACUUAAUGACUGCAAAACAACCCCAAAUCGUCACACUUCCACCGCUGUGCUUGACAGUUGGUAUAAGCUGUUUGUGCUGAUAUGCUGUGCUUGGUUUUCGCUAAACGUGGCACUGUGCGUUAUGGUCCAUUCUGGUCUUGUCUGUCCAAAGGACAUUGUUCCAUAAAUCUUGUGGUUUGUUCAGAAGCAACUUUGCAAACCUAAGCCAUGCUGCCAUGUUCUUUUUGGAGCAAAGUCUUUUCCUUAGCAACCCUUCCAAACAAACCAUGUUUUUUCAAUCUUUUUCUAAUUGGACAAUCAUGAACUUUAACAUUCAAUAUGCUGAGUCCUGUAGAGUUUGAAAAAAACGGUUUGUUUUUUUGUGUGCAACUGCUAAAACUUUGUGUAAUAUGUCAUGUGUUGUUCAUCUGAGGUUGUAUUUACCUAAUUUUAAGAUGUGCUAAGGAACAGAUAUGAUGUCCUGAUAUGUAAAACUAUAGAGUUCGAAGAGGGUGUACUUUCUUCAUCCCAUGACUGUAUAAGGCAUUAUUGCAACAUUUUCUUAGAGCUCAUAAAUCAUAAAACUAAAAUAUAUUCGUCUUUUGUAAGUACAGAAAACAAAUAAGAUCUAGAUGUUUUUCAUUUGUGUGGCAUACUUUAUAAUUUUCUAUUUUCAACACUUUUUCAGUGUUGAUUUAUGCAGGUACUCAUAAUCAUGAUGAUAAAUAUCUCUGUAAUACCACCUCCCAUUUAGCUCCCUAAAAGAGUUAAAAAAAACAAAACUCGAACUGUUUACCACCUUAAACAGUCCAUAAAUGUUGCAGUAAAUGCUUUUAUAAAAAGAUAAAUUAAAGGCAAAUUGGGCCAUAUAAUCAUUAAGGUACAGGAUCAUUAUUUAAAAACUAAAAGGAAAAAAAAGACAUUCACUGCCCCUUUGGAUUAAGCCACAUGUUACCCAUAGAACUUCUUUAAAGAGAUACGAUAUGCACCAAAACAACGUUGGCUUAAUUAAGCUGUUUUGGUGUAUAGAUCAUGCCCGUACAGUUUCACUGCUCAAAUCUCUAAGCUAAAUCACUUUGUGUUUAUGCAGUUCUAACCACAUCUCCCCUGGCUGUGAGUGACCGCCUGUAUAAAAGAAAUUGGCCUCAGAUCUUUAUCUACUUUACAGGUUUUAAUCUCUGGCUCUUUUCAUUGACUAUUAACCACAUGAUGCUUCCAGUGCUAUUAACAGAGGAUAUAAUAAAUUCAAAAUUAAACACACUGUGCAAUAAAGGAAGUUAGAUUAAACAUUAGAUAUCUCUUAACAGUAAAUGUGUGGGUCACAUGCAGAGGUGUGUCUGGGGCUGCAUAAAGUGGUUUGACUCCUAAAUGGCAGUGAAUUAGCACUGCGACUGCAGGAACAUUUAUCUAUGAAAUGUGAUAUUACCUCCUUUUUCAGGAAGAAACAUCUUCAGUCCAAGCUCUGUACUUCAUUCUGGUUAUUUGUUCAGGAGUGUGUAUAGUGCUGUUGUCCUAGAACACUGAGGGAAAUGUAUUUGCAUCGUAGAGUGAUCUGGUUCUGUAAAAUGGAUCUCUAUUCACUCUGGCCGUUAUACAGCCAGACACUUUAUGUAUCCUCACUGAUUCCUCACAUGCCUAUCAAUGGUAUAAUGUCUCAAUCAAUGAAGUACUGGUUUUAUAGGCAAGGUAAAUAUAUAUUCAGAGCUGUAGUGGUUAAGGUGAUACAAUUUCCAUGGUGCCACCCCCUGCUUCUUCUGUCAAACUAUUGUCAUAACAUAAACUGAGGUUUCCCUGAUUGUUAUGACCUGAACACUUACUUGUCAUAUUGCUACUGGUGGAAUUUACAUUUGUCCACUAGUAAUAUCAAUGUCUAACUUUAGACAACAGAAAUUUGUAAUGCAGAAGUUUAACUAGGUGACUCAUUUUGGGUAAAAUGGUUUGACACAAACUACAAUGUCAGGAGCAUGUCGGCAGAGCCUCUUGACCCCUACCUACUCUGCCAUUUUGUGGUUUUAAUCAGGAACAUCACAUUUUGUCCUGCUUACAGUGUUUCUCCCUAACCUCUACAUUUGAAAUGAUAACAUUUUAGAAUUGAAAUGUAGCAACCUUAAGUCUGUGAAUAUUAUAAUCACAUUUACCUUGCUCUAAAGAUAGGUUUGUUUAAAUAGAAUUGAAUUGCCAUUUGGUAAAUGUAAAGUUGUGUUUUUUUUUUUAUUACUGUAAUUAAAGUUUACUGUAUAUUUUAAUGGUUUAUUUUUACUGCUGUUAAUUUUGUGGGAAUUUGCCUGAACUUAAAUAUAUAGAAAAAUUUACAUAAUGUAAUAUGUUUGGAUAAUG